GACAAUAAAGGACUUUAAUAUCUCAGUACUGCAAAAACAUUCACCCCAGCUGAAAUACAGAGUCAGACUGAUCUCCAAACUAAAGAGCAUGUUGAUAAUAUUUUAUGUUAACGUUUGUUUAAUGACUUUUCCUUUAACUCAGUGAUAAAUAUUUUCUGUGUCUGACUUUAAUGUUCAAUUCAUGUAAAACAAAAAAUUAGAACAACAAUAAUUUGUCCUUUUUUUAUUAGCUGCUAAAUCCACUGUGACAUCUUACCCCAUAUAGUGAGACACCUUACCCGAUGGUGGGGCAACAUGUCACAUGUUCACACUUUGAUUGUUUAUAACUCUGCACUGACACAAGAUAUGACAUUGACAUGAAUAUGAAAUAUAAACCUGAGACUUUGGUCUUUCAUCUGGUACAGAUUUUGUUUAUAUAUGAUCGAUUGAUUCCAAGAAAUAUAUGCGUGUAAAAAGUGCGACAACAAGUCCCGGUCUCCCCUACUUGGUGAACAAUACAGCAACCACUGUGACUUAUCCAUCUAAUACUCCCAACCAUCAGUUCAGCAACAGGACUGAUGACUUUUUAGUUGAUCGUAGGAUGAAAUCUUGAUUUAAUUUCGACGUUAUUGUGACUUUACAGCUGAAUUUGGAGAGUUUUUCACCAUCACAGAUGCAGACAGACUGUUUCUCACCAUUUCUCUGCAGAACUCAAACAAAAGAAGGAAAGAGACCUGUUGUGGGCCUGGGCUGCUGAUGAAGAGUCAGUCGCCAUCCAUAUGUCUCUCUCUCUCUCUCUCUCUCUCUCUCGCCUGGAGUAACGGAGUGGAGGCUGUGAGGUAAUAGUGCGCAGGAGGGGGUGGUGGAGACGGAGAGAGAGAGAGAGAGAGAGAGAGAGAGAGAGAGAGAGAGAGAGGAUAUAGGACAGGCAUCAAACGGGGGUUUGGCCGCAGACUGGUCGGGAUUCCUUUCUCAGCCUCGGUCUCUUCGCUUCAGGUCAGUAAAUCAAACACACCGUUCAUCGCUGCUGCUGCUGUUGUCGUUGAAGGUGCAGAGGGGUUGCUCGGUUACUGCCAUGCCUGCUUUGUUUGUUUGUGUCUCUGGAAAAAAAAAGGGGUUUGAAAUCGGGGAUGAUGGGUAAUGUGCGGGUGCGCAGGGUUUUAGGCGUGAACUGCUGGUGUGUGUGCGUGUGAAUGCGUGUUUAAAGGUGGUCACACAUGAAUCCUGCAGGUAUGAGACAGCUGCACCUGUUUAGAUGCUUUUCAGUGCAACAUGCGGAAGCGGCUCUGCAGGAAGACGCGCCUUCCUCCUAAAGAAUCAGGGUUUUGUUUUCCAGUUUUUGCACAAAGUCCCAGUCCGGGUUCACUCCCCUCUCCCUCUCCUCCUGCUCCGUGUUUUUAUCCUUUUACUCAGGUGAAAUCGGCCUCUCCCGUCGCCAUAUCUCGCCUGUAGGUGCGAGUAAGAGUCGGAGACAGAGGAGGCUGCAGCGGAGUGUUUUUCACCGGAAUCACUGAUGAGGAUGAGGAUGAGGAUGAGGCGGUAUUCCCGCGCUGCUGACUGAGGAGGAGGGCCUGGCCGCCGGCUCCGGUCCUCCUCCUCCUCCUCCGCUGCUGCAGCAUCUCAGCUGCCGAUGGAUGGAUGGAUGGAUGGUGGUGAAGCUGAAUUAUUUAUAGUUGUCAGUGCAUUGAUUAGCUUUAUGUAAUGCACCGGCAGCUGUGUGUGGGGGCUGCCAUAGUGUUGGUGUGUAGGUGUGUGUGUUUCCGUGCACAGAGAGCGUGUGAGGGCUCGCUUACGCGCAUGGAUGUGUGUGUUGGUGUGAAUGGGUGUGAGAGCUUUCAGUAGCCAAUCACACACCGUGACUGAGCCAUUGUGUUUCACAAACAGUAAUGGCAGAGUUGAUGUCAGUAUUUACUCUUUGGGUGAGCUGGGCACUCUUCCUCCAGAACAUGUCGUGUUUGAUAUCAGUUUUUCCCUGCAGACCCUCAGAAUCAGACAUAUUUGAACCAGGAUCUCUUAUAUUUUCAUUAAAAAUGAUUAAAAGACACUUAAAAUGGUUUACUGCGCUACAUUUCUCAAACAUUUCAUCCAAAAACUGUCAUUGAAUCCUCAUCCAGACGGAUGAGUAUCCAGGAAAAAUGUUUAUUUUACCAUAAUUAUGCUCAGGAUUUUAUGCAAAACUUAAACAAUACAGCAGCCUUUAGAAAAAGAAAUUUAAAAUACAUUAUUAAUAUUUUUUUCAUCUCUUUUUUAUCUGUUGAGCAUUUAAACAUAAUCUUAAAAGCUGCAGGAGUGAUGAUCAGUCCAAGCUUUCCGUCUGCAAACAAAGAAAACGUAGUAAAAGGUUUCCUGUAUUGACACGCUUCAUCCAGAGGAACCCAACAGUGACAGAGACUUCAUCGUGGAGAGGAGAGCGUCCUGUAAAGAGCUCUUUAGUUUUCCUCCGGGCUGCUGGAGGAGGAAAUAAGUGAUCUGAAAAUGUGCAGCUCUGUGGGCUCAGGGUUCAGAGAUAGAUAUUUAUCCUGUUGUUCUUUUGUUUUUUUCUACCUGGAUAUGAGAUAAAAUGAUCGACGAUUGUGUUUAAUGCAUUUUUUAAUCCAAUAAUGCAUUGGGAUUCAUGAUAUUAUCAACAUAAAAUCAACACCGGCUGAUAAAAGUUAAUAACCGUAGCAGCAUAAAGGGACAUUUUCUGUUCUGAUAUGUUUUGAAAAUAAAGAGAAAUUAUUAAUUUAUGCAUCUGGAGUUGAUGGUAAUUGGUUGGUCAUCUUUUCGUGUUUCUGUUGACUGCUUUUUCCUGGAUCCUAUUUCUCAUGUCAGCCCAACAAAGACCUUUGUAGCUCAUCAGAUGACGAGCGUUAUCUGUUGUUGCUGCUUUGAAUCCAGGCUCUGACUGAGGAUGAGUCCCUGUUAUCAGGGCUGCAUCUCCCCCCCUGUUCUCAGUAGAUAGUAUGACUGUGCUCAGCAGAGGGAGGAUCUCUGGUUGGAUCUCUUGUUUUGUGCUCUGGAGCAGGGAGAGGUCUGAGUGACAGAUGCACAGACUGAUUCAUCCUACAUGCUGAUCUUCUCGCUGUUUGUCUCGCUGUAGACGGACCUUUAUAGACGCAGCUAUCGCGGCACCGAUACCGAUACUUAACCGUGUGAGCUGAAGAGGGUACGCCAGGCAACAAGGGAGAAGGGGCGGCUUAAAGCAUACGCAGGGUCACCUGUUAGCCUCUUGCUAAUGUGUUUGUUGAUUGUUUUGGUAGGUAACUUAAUCUGGCCCGCUAACACAGAAUAUUCUGGGCUUUUAAACCAAGUAUCUGUCUGUGAUUGUGCAGAAGAACACAGUCAGUGAUUGAGGUCUUAAGUCUGAAGCAUAAGAGGGUCUGUGGUUAAAGAAGUAGAGCUGGUUCACGCUGAAGAAAUGCUUCAAACCAUCUCUAAAUGCUUCUCUCGGAACACAUCCCUCAUGAAGUCAAACAUCUGUAGCUUGUAAUGAAGGGAGAGUGUGUGUGAGGAGUGUGUCGUCAUGCUCUCUCAACAGGAUUCGCACUUCAGGAGCGAUACUCAUAAAAGAUGUUUUAUUUAUUACCAACUGUGCACUUUAAGAAAAAAAAACACCUCCAAUAAAUCAGCCUGCAGUUCUUUAUUUAGAGUGAAUCUCACUCUUUUUACUCGGGGACACUUCUCACCUCUCUGUCUGCGACUUCAUCUACAGAUCCAGUCCAGAAACGAGGGAGUGUGUCUGUGUGAGGGCAGCUUUACUGUUUUAUUCAUUAUCCACUCUCAGUCUGCGCAUGACGGUAUAAAAAAUUCACUAACUCAUACAUUAUCCAGAAAUUAUGACCAAACAGGAUGAGUGAAGGGAGAGGUGCUAAGAUUUAUGGGAGUUUGAGUGUUGCUUCAGGUUUCUGCGCCGUUUUUUUGAUGGGGAACAUUUUCUCGAUGAGGGUCACUAAGGGUCAGAUAUGAAGGAGCAGUAGGAGGAAAUCGAACAUACGGCGGUCUAACUGUCCACCCUCUUACCUGUCUGUCUCCCACCUCCUCUCCCGUCUCACUGAUCAGCCCUGGAUCUGAAUCGAUGACUCAUCCUAAAACCUGUCUGAGUCACCGGCGCCUCCACGGCUCCCAGUGUGUCUCGUACCUGUGACAGAUUUCACUUUUCUUAUCCAUUAGGUGAGUCACAGUGAAAUAUUUAGACUUGUAUUGCUUUUUAACAGCCACUCAGAUAUUUAUUGGGCUUUUGUGAGCUCCAGGUCUAAAGAGCAGGACAUUACUACAACCUCUUCAGUCCCCCCAGCAAUAUCUCUUACUCUCUUUUGCUCGUGUGCUGUUUGUAGUUCAGAAUAUGUCACUUUUGGAAAGGAGUAAAUUUUGUGUGUUCAAGAAUAAAAACGUGCAGAAAAGCUAGGGCUGGGCACUCAUACAGCAGAUUGUGUGCUCUGUCUUCUCCUCAAACAGCUUACAUUUACCGUCAAUGGUGCACAGAAAUGAUAAUUCCUCAGCUGUGCAGUUUGUUGGGCGUUAAACAUCUUGAAUCAAGUGUGUACUAAAAUAUGAGAUAUUACUAUUCUCUGAACAGAGGGAAUUUAAAAUAAAGACCUGCCUCUAAUACAAGCCUGCUUCAAAUAAAGGCCUGGUACCUUAGGCAGAAUGGAAACAUUAAAGACCAGGCUUAUCUAUGAAGAUUAAACAGGAACUUGCUCACUUUUGUCAUUUUAACCCUUAACUACUUGUAAGAAAGGAAGAAAAAAUAAAGUCUAGACGUAGUUGAGGGUACAGAAAUUUAAAGCAAGGGUGCAGUGCAUGCAUUUUGUGUCGAGUCAUGUCUUGUCGUGGUUGCGUUGUGUUCCGAACCUUACAACAACGCAAAAUACUGGGCUGAACGCCUAAUUCUCAUUCAUUUAGGUUCAGAUCAAGACAGGAAACAGAGCACAGGGGAACUCAGUUUUAAAAUGUGUAUUGGACAAGUUGGAGGCAGAGGAGAAACUGGAUGAUAUAUCGCUCAGUGGGCCAAACCAAACCUUUUUUGUUCUUUAUUCAGGAUCCAUAAAACACAUCCCAGUUAAGAGUCUCCAUGUCCAACGUGUGUCUCUGCGAUUUAGCUUCAGCUUUACUGAGCCUGGUAUGUCAACCCUCAGAAAACACAUGGAUUCACUGCUCAGUCAGCCGUGUAAUGAACGCCACUGUCCAGAAUCUCCAGCUAAUUAACUGCACAGCAGGUUUCACGGUGACGUUUAAUAACUUUAGGCCUGCCCGCACAACGCCGCCAUGAAGCAGGGCUAGUUCACUUCAUAAAUACCAUUUCAAAGAAAUAAAAACAGAUCAUUCCUGCGCUUGCACGGGAACCCGAGUCACACUGUGUUCAGGCAUUACACUGUUUUGGCAAGCUGCCACUUCACCAAGGCCUCUGAAGUCCUGUUUAACACCCAGCUGUCAGUACGUUUAGCGUGAAGCUUCUCACGCUGUCAGCAAGUGACAAGAAAUGGGGCAAAUCUUGGCCCCGUUACCCUGUUCAGGACUCUGUUCUGGCAGCGUGACAGCAAUGUCUCAUUUCACUGAAACAGAAACAGGUCAUGAACCAGAAUCAGAUAGGGGCUACAUAAGGACUGGACACAGGAAAAGCUACAAAUUGAGAUGUAGUCUUAAAAUAAAAGAAGAAACUCUCCGUAUUUGAUCCAUUCAACAGUUCUGCUUCUUUCUUCUGCUGGUUGAUUAGCCAAACAGCCUCGUGCUGCCACGAAUGCAAUAAGCUCCACAGUUGGCUCAUAUAGUCUCUUAAAAUAACCUCAUUGUAUGGAGAGCUUUUCUCAGAUCUUGCAGUAUUUUUAACUCUCUGCGGAUCUUCCUGUCUGAGUGGGGCAGUGAGCGACCCACUGUGAGUUUCCAGCUCUGUGCUUAAUGCUAAUCAUCCAUUGUUCCUGCUGUCACAUCCACUUUGUCGAGGAGGAAGAGCUAUGUUGAGCGUAACUUGAUUAUAUACUCCCCCCACCCACAGAAACCCCAUGCCCCUCACCCCUGAUGCUCAGACACACACUCUUAUUAUCAUUUCAGCCCAAUGUGGACCACUGUACUGAUUCUGAAUUUAAAGAAAGCUCUUAACUUAAGUGGCUUCAGGCUGACUCCUCAUGCCCUAUAACUAAGUUCCUGUUUUUGCACUAGAAUUAAACAUGUUAAUAACCCGGUACCAAAACAGUUUGGGUCUCUAUAACCUCUUUUCCUUCAGAAUUACAAAGUGCAGUUGUUUGAUAUAAAUGUCACAGCUGCAGAGAGAGACGGUUUGCACGCUAGGCUACAGUUUUCUGCAGACGGGGCCAAUCCUACCAUGUAAUUUAGACCCAUGCAUGCAUCUGUGUGAAUGUUUUAGCUCUGACCUUUGCCUUCAGAAAGCCCGUUUGUUUUUUGCUUGAUUGUGCAGGAUUGUUUUUAUCACUCUUCUUCAAAAUAAAGCAGCGAUAAAGAGACUCCAGUUUGUCCAAAACUCAGCUGCCAGACCUCUGAGACACGCCCAAGUCUGCUCACAUCACUUCUGUCUUAUUGCAUCUUCAUCAGUCAGUUUUCACCAGUCAGUCACUGAUUUGUUGUGCCCCUACUCCCCAGGGCGCACCCUUAGGUCGUCAGGCCGGAACACCCUAAUGGUGCAGAAGACCCGUUCUAAAACUCGGGGGCUUCCAGACUCUGGAACGAUUUGCCCCUCUCGCUCCGUUUGAUCGACUCAGUGGAAACCUUUAAAAAUCAGUUGAAAACUCUUUUAUUUAGUCAAGCUUUUAAUGAACAGGGUUUUGUUUGUCUCUUUUACCUUUCUUUUAUAUCUGCACUUAUUUCCAUAUUUACCUGUACUGUCUUCGUAUUUGUGUAUGUAUAUGAACCUAUCUUUUUUUUUGUACCGUUUUAUAUUUAUCAAAUUGCACUUAUUUUAUCGACAGCGCUUUGCGAAAAGCACUCUAUUAAUAAACUUUACUUACUUACUUACUCUUCUGUUUUGAGGUAAUUAUACAUAUGAAGCAAAUUCAGAUGUGUUGCUAAUUUGACUGAGGGAGUCUGAGUCAGGAUUUCUAAUAUUUGACAGUCUUUGUGCUUCCAGAAACCAAUGGAGAAUACCACUGAGACUCUUUAUGUAUUGUUGCACAUUGUAUUGUUGCAACUUUACUGUCAAUAAAAUGUAGAACAGAGUUAAAAUAUUCAUCAGAGCUCUCUUACGCUAUUGUUUUUCUGUUUUGAGUUAUUGUUUUCAGCCCGGCUCUCCAUCUCGCAGCAACAUUCAUCACCUUACUCGAACAGUUGGCAGGCGUAGCAAACCACCCGCCCACACGGCAUCACCGCCCACCUUCCCAGUAUGCCGCUGGCUACUUACCACAGCCCUCCUGACCCCGAUGGAGUGAAGGAGAAGCACAAAGAGUUCUUAUUGACAGGAAAAGACCGGCUGCAUUUAUAACCGCACGUUUACUUCAAAGUGCACAUCACUGCUCCGUUUCUCGAAAUACCUUUGACACAAUGUUCUGAUACGAGAUUCUUCGAGAAGAGGAGAAAGAUGAACGCUGUGUAGUAAUUUUGCACCUUUUGAGUUUGAGUUUAACAGAAUAAUAUCUGUGCAAAAAAAGGAAGAAUCCAAACAUAUCUGAGGUGGUUUAAAAACUAGUCUUUGGGUCGUUGCUGCUGGUUUACUGCUGCUUGCAUUUAAAGUCUCAUUGGGCGGCCUUUAAAAACAGCCAAAUGAAUUGAUGUAGAUGUUCAGUGUCUGAGCACCAACAGCAUGUUAUGUUUUUAAAGAGAGACGGCCUUGUACCAUGUUUAAGGAAAAAAAUUAUGUUCUGUUUUUUUUUUUUUUUUUUUUGGACCUGUGUCCGAUUUGUUAACUUUGAGGCGGGGCCUUUAGACCAUUACACUACAACUCUAAAUAUGUUGGCUUCACUUUUUGAUCCUUCUUGGGGAGCUUACAGGCCGUCCAUCUCUUUCUACAGUCAGUGGUUUGGGCAUAUACUGGACUAACUGGAUAAUGGCAGAAGGAAACCGUAGUAGCUGAAUGCACUGACACUCAUCAGUGACAUUAUACUGACGCUGUUUCUGCCAAAUAGAAGAUCUAAUCUGAACAAAAGGCCUAUUUUUGUUUCUAUCUCUGUCACAGAGUAACACACUGAGCCAACCCGAGCCCUAAUGAUGCCUGUCAGCCUUCAUAGGCCCAUCUCAGCCUCUGCUAAUGGCCUGUCUGUCUGUGAAUAUCAUUAAAAUUAGUGGCCUGCUUAACCUUAAUACUUAAUGGUUUCUUCUUAUGAUCCGAAAUUGUUUGAUAGAAAAACAUUACUGCAGAACUCCUUAUUGUGACUGGUUUUGCAGCACGCCGACCUUUCUGCCCCGACUCGGUAAAGUCCUUUUGACCCAGAUCUGCGCCCAUGAAAAAGACAAACCACUUGCCUCUGCAUACAUCAUUUAUAGUUUGUCUCUCUGAGGACUUCUGUCGUCUACAAACAGACGAAGAAGAACGAACACUGAGCCACACAGCUCGUCAUGACUAAUUCAGUAUAUUCUGCUCCUUCUGCAGCUGAUCAGCACUUUUAUCCUGCACCAUACAGUUUAUGUGAACUCAGAUUUUUGAGAUUUGAGUUAAUGCAUUUUAGCAGGAGCAAACUUCAAACUUUUAUUAUAAUUAUACACAUAGACAGAGUAUUAGGGCCACAUUAAGAAAAAAAAAAAAAAGACUGAGAUUAAAGUAAUUACUAACGAGAAUAAAGUCAUAAUAAAAUCAUUAUUUACGAGAAUUAAGACGUUAAUUAAAUAAAGUCUUAAAGCUGCUUUUGUGGAGGAGGAACUGCAGAGUUAUCUGUGAGCUCCGACGAGCACCACAUCUGUCUCUGAUGCGGGCACAACACCGGCAGCAACCUCCACCUACAGAGGCACCAACACCUCAUGGCAAAGAUUCAUACGAUAAACUAAAGCCAUUUGAAACUAUUGCUAUAAACGGCUGCAUUGAGGGAUUUAACCUCUGCACAGCCAUUUCCAGCCUUUUCCCCCUCCUCAAAAACAGCGAUUUCCUACAAGUCUUCCUGGUUCUUUCUGUGGAAAAGAUGCAUUUCUUGCGUAUGUCCUGAUACUUAUGACAAUAUGAUGCUGAAACACCAAAGGAUUUAGUAUCUCCUUGUUUGUGAAACCUAGCUACUUUAGUUCAAUUCAUCUAAAUGCUUCACAGCGCUCAUUUAAAUAACUAACAACAGGUUUGAAUAGACAUUAGCUACGACUUUAUUCUCGUAAGUAAUCAGUCUUAAUUUUUUUUAUCUUAAUGUGGUCCUAAUACUUUGUCGUACAUCUUCCCUCUGCUGUCCCAGAGGAAAAUAGCUAUCUAAACACAUAAUUCAACAUGUUGGCAAGUUAUCCCCCUUCCUGCCAGACAGUGUAAGUGUGUGAGAUUUUUAUUUUAAAUGAAUCUGGUUGACAGAAGUUUAGAAAUACUAUACAGCUCAAGAAGAUCUCCCGUUACUCUGUUGUUGAUAGAGUAAAUUAUGACAUUUGUAACCCACAUGGUUACUAAAUAAAUUUAUGUGAUUUUAUGGUGGAGCAUCAGCCCCAUGCUCAGUGUCAUGACCGUUGAACGUGCAGAGCGCCAUCUUGCUCAUAGACGAGCUACUGACAAGAGCACCGGCCCAUAAACGAGCUGACAAACCGGGGUAUGUAACGCAGGGCUCUCAAGUCUCACGCAAUCAGCGUGAGACACACGCAUUCCCACCCGUUCACACGCUCACACGCAACACAUUGUAUUUCUCACGCAUUUAAAUGAACACGGUGAUGUCCACCAAGUUGCACCUCUUUAACUAUGGAACAGGUAGGAAUCAACUGAGUUUCUCAGAGAGUUCAGAAGCUGCGUGCCACGCGCAAGCCAAUCAAAUAAAGUAUAUCUACUGAACAGCCAAUCAAAAAGCAGCAUUGCUGUAUCCGGGUAGAUUUUGAUAUCUUGCGGUUUGACUACAGAAGAAGACAGACACUCGCCGUAAUAGAGCAGGUUAUUUAUAAGGACGAGAUAGACCCGAUGAUUACAGUAAGUCAGUAACCUACACAUGCAGAGAUCUCAACACCUCAUGGCAUAUAAACUCAUAUGAUAAACUAAAGCCCUAUGCUAUUGCUAUUAACAGCUGUAUUGACGGAUUUAGUCUCUGUACAGCCAUUUCCAGCCAUUUUCCCCUCCGCAAAAGCAGCAUUUCUCAUAUAUCUAAAAUAUAAGUUCUGAUACUCAUGACAGUGUAAUGCUCAUAUACCAAAGGAUUAAGUAUCUCCAUGUUUGUGACACCUAUACUAAAGUACAAUUCAUCUAAAUGCUCCACAGUGCUGAUUUUAACAACUCUCCUUCACAACAGGUAACUUUACGACUUAAUACUGAGAUAUUAAUGACUUUAUUCUCCCAAAUAAUAACUUUAUUCUUUGAGAUUAAAAAGCGCUUUUUUUCUAAUUGUGCCCCUUAUACUCCGUUGUAUUUAAGAGAUAAUUAUACUCCCCCCCCCCCCCCAAGGAAAUCUCACUCUAAGCUUAGUUCAAAACUUGAGAGCCCUGGUAACGUGAUAAAAAACACAUAAAUUAAUGAUUAAUCCUCGGGCAGUAUCUUGAUAAAGGGAAAGUCGUGUGAGUGAGCGUGAGAGAGAGGAGCCGGUUUCACCGUGUUAAUCCUCUGUGAGAACUCAGAUAAGAAAUAUGCUACAUGCUAAGGAGCUAGGCCUUGAAGUUAGCUGUUGAUACUAGCAUGAAGUGAGAAAAUUCCUUUCAUAGAAGUAUGUUAAACUAACCAGUCGGAGUCAGCAAUAUGUUUCCUAAUAUUUUAAACCUUCUGUGUAACCUGCAGUGUCAUUGUGAACUUUGGAAAAUAGCUUUAAAAGGAUCGUUAGCGAGCUAGCGUGAAGCUAACGCUAAUCGCGGCUAGCGCCGCUAUGCUCAUUCUAGUAUUACCUGUAAUGGGAAUGUGAAUGGUGAAGCUGGUUUAGCUAAAUUGCCGCGACUGUAGCAUAUGAAAGAGAAAGAGAUGACAUGUGAUGAUUAUUUAUGUUGAUAUGAUGCAAAUUGUGAGUGUUUUUGGUUAAAGUAAUGUGCACAGCAUGUUUUACCGCACUGAACCUCAUGUUGGUUAAAAAAGAAGAUUAAUACUGUUAAUUUAAGGUUAAAAGAGUUAAAAAGAUAAAUAAUCUAUGGGUUAAAAGAUAAAUAUUGAUGUUUGAAAGAUAAAUAUCGAUUAAUAGAGCUGUUUAAAAUAUUAGUAGUACUUUAUUUGAAUAAAUAAGUGCAUUUAUGUUAAAAUAGGUAAUUGUCAUGAUAAAAUACUUAUCCCAUACUGUAAAAACAUACAGACUAAUUUAUAAUGGUUUGAAUGCUGUACAUCCUGCAUAUAGAUAUAGAUAUUGAAGUUAUAGAGUGAAAUAGAGUAAUAGAGAAAGUAGAAAGAUGUCGUGAUUUGAAUAGAUAGAAAUGGAUGUUUGUUCUGCGCUCAUGUGUAGACUGUUUUUUUUGUUGCUGGAUUAGGACUUUAUUCAGAUUUCGAACCCAGGCGGUUUGGUGGCAAGCCAAAAAGGACGAGCGGCUCAGACAGAAUGGUGCACAGUCUGGCCAACCGUGGGAUCCACGGCGAGAAACCUCAGACAUCACCUCACUUCACCUGUGAUACAGAUAAGAACAUAACACAAACAUUUACCUGGGUAAGAUCCACCAGGAGGUUCUUUAUUUCCAUUUCAUUCUGUUAAAAGAGCAGCAAGAUUCAGUGUCUAAAAAGACUAAUACACUGCAAAAUAUUACAGUUGUUAACUUCAUGCUAUUGUGUUUGAAUAACUAUUACCAGCUUUCUGAACCUAGAGAGAUUGUAGGUGUCAUAGUGUGUUCUUCUGAUCAGGCUGAAGGCGCUACGCAAUCACCUGUCUGUCCACCGGAUUGGACACUUUUUUGGAUGGCCAUGAUCUUUGGGCCCUUAGGUGGCACCACAUACAAAGCAGACGUGACUCUGAAGUGGAAAUCCCAGGAAAGGCCCAAAGAUCAUGAUGAAUAACUACUCUUUGUAAAAAGGCAAAGCCCAAAACGUUCUGAAGAUGAUAAAUCAAAAGUUAAUAUAGUUUUUGGAGGUCAUAGAUGCUCCUCUUUGAAGGGGAGCUUAAACUUCUGGUGUAACCAGAGACCUUUUAUAUUUCAGGGGGAAGAAAAACAACAUUUUGCUGGUAUUACAACAGCAUGGUUCUAUCAUAAAAGAGUCCUAACUGCAGUCUCAACUUCACUGGGAACAUUCAGCAGACUCUUAAGUGUUGGGAUGGUGAUCUUUUCGUUUUUUUUUGUUUUGUCAGUAGAAAACCACGAAGAAUUUCCAGAACGGUCAGAGAUAAAUGUUUGUUUUUAAGAAUUUACAACCUAAAAUGUUACAUAUUGAAUCAAGAACGAAUGUUUCCUUAUAAAUGCAGGCCGACAGUAAAAACACUCCUCUUUCUGGAUUAUAGAAAACCUGGAUUCCCCCUCCCUCCUCUCUCACACAGCUCUCUCCACUCUGCACACUCACUUCCUUGUUCCCUCCCCUUCAGAUCUACAGUUGGGGUUGGGUGUAACCGCCGUGUGCUGAGCUGAUCCUGCUGACUCACACAUGUUGUUGAGAUCAGAGCUCAGACUAGGAAGUGAAACUUAGUCAGUCAUCGACAGCGAGUGUUGAAAUGGCGCAGAAAGGAGUUCAGCUGGACCAGGAAUCUUUCUCUUGUUCCAUCUGUUUGGAUCUUCUGACUGAUCCAGUGACUGUUCCCUGUGGACACAGCUUCUGCAUGAGCUGUAUUCAAACCUACUGGGAUAAAGAGGAUGAGAAGAAGAUCUACAGCUGUCCUCAGUGCAGGCGGACCUUCAUACCGAGGCCUGUCCUUAUGAAAAACACCAUGUUAGCAGGUUUAGUGGAGGAACUGAAGAAGAGCGGACUCCAAGCUGCUCCUGAUGAUCUCUAUGAAGCUGGACCUGAAGAUGUGGUCUGUGAUUUCUGCAGUGGGAGAAAACUGAAAGCUGUCAAGUCCUGUCUGGUCUGUUUGAUCUCAUUUUGUGAAAAACACCUCCAGCCUCAUUUUGAAUUACCUCCAUUAAAGAAACACAAGCUGGUGGAGCCCUCCAAGACGCUCCAGGAGAACAUCUGCUCUCGUCAUGAUGAGGUGAUGAAGAUCUUCUGCCGCACUGAUCAACAGUCUAUCUGUUAUCUCUGCUCUGUGGACCAACACAAAGGCCAUGACACAGUCUCAGCUGCAGCAGAAAGGACUGAGAGGCAGAAAGAUCUGGAGGAGAGUCGAGAAAACAUCCAUCAGAGAAUCAAGAACAGAGAAGAAGAUGUGAAGCUGCUCCAACAGGAGGUGGAGGCUAUCAAUGGCUCUGCUGAUAAAGCUGUGGAGCACAGCCAGGAGAUCUUCAGCCAGCUGAUCCGUCUGAUGGAGAAACGCCGCUCUGACAUGGAGCAGCAGGUCAGAUCCCAGCAGGAACGUGAAGUGAGUCGAGUCAAAGAGCUUCAGAAGAAACUGGAGCAGGAGAUCACUGAGCUGAAGAGGAAAGACGCUGAUCUGCAGAAGCUCUCACUCACAGAGGACCACAACCAGUUUCUGCACAGCUACCCCUUACUGUCAGAACCGGGUCAACCUGCAGACUCAUCCAGAAUCAACAUCCGUCCUCAGAGAUACUUUGAGGAGGUGACAGCAGCUGUGUCAGAGGUCAGAGAGAAACUCCAGGAUCUUCUGACAGAGAUGUGGACAAAUGUCUCACAGGCAGUGACCGAUGUAGAUGUUUUACUGUUAGAACCACCAGAACCAGAACCCAAGACCAGAGCUGAUUUCUUAAGAUUUUCACGAAGGAUCACACUGGAUCCAAACACAGUAAACACAGAAUUAUUAUUAUCUGAUGGAAACAGAAAAGCAACAUUUACAGAAAAACAACAGUCUUAUCCUGAUAAGACUGUUGUAAGACGUGUAGCAGUUGCAUACAAGACUGUCAGCAGAGUAGGGGACUUAGAGGACUGUAGAUUUGGGUACAAUGACAAAUCUUGGAUGUUAGACUGUAACAAAAGCGGUGUUGAAUUCGUGCACAACGAUGUCCACACUCCUGUGUCAGGUCCUCGGUCCGCCAGAGUAGGAGUGUAUCUGGAUCACAGAGCAGGUAUUCUGUCCUUCUACAGCGUCUCUAAAACCAUGACUCUCCUCCACAGAGUCCAGACCACAUUCACUCAGCCGCUACAUGCUGGACUGAUGUUAUUCUAUCGUUAUCGAGACUCUGCCGAGUUUAUUGAACUGAAGUAAAAAAUCAAAACCACAGACGUGUUAAAAAAUUGCAGUGUACUAGUAUGCUAAUGUAUUGUAUUGUUUACAAAGCAGCAAAAUUGUGUCUUGAUUCUCACUGGCUUUUCUCUCUCAUUUUGUGGGACAGUGAUAGUAAAUUAGAUAUCAAAUUAACAUUUUGAUUUUUAAUUUUGUCAAAGCCAAAAAAAAAAACAAAAAAAAACUGUACCUCUUUGGGGCUGUUUUGUGGUUUAAAGACGUGGUUUGACUUUGACUUGAAGGACAAAACAGAAACAGUGCUGUGAGAUAGUAUUACAGGGAAAUCAUGUAAUUUCACCUUUAAAUCAACAGUUAAUUUUAGGUUAGCUGAUCAUGUAUGAGCUGUGUGUUGUUUAGAGUGCUGCUUCUUUACAUUUACAGCGUGUGUGUGAAUGUUAUAUACUGUUAAAAUAUAUUUGUAUGUAUGUAUAUAUAUAUAUAUAUAUAUAUAUACACAUACACACACACACAUAUAUAUAUAUGUAUACACACACACAUACUGUAAAUCCAGCUGAAGUGCAUGUAAAAAGAAACAGCAGCUCAAACAACACACAGCUCAUACAUGAUCUGCAAACCUGAAAUGAACUGUUGAUUUAAAGGUAAAAUUACAUGAUUUCUCUGUAAUAUAUAUUAUACACACACACACACGUAUAUAUAUAUAUAUAUAUAUAUAUAUAUAUAUAUAUAUAUAUAUAUAUAUAUAUUUAUAUAUAUAAAUGUUUAAAAGUUUUCAAAAUUUAUUAUCAAGACUAUUUUGACUAUAAUCUUGAUUUUUAUGUUUAUUGUUUCUUUACUAUUAUUACAGUACCAAAUGUUUACUUUUCAAUUAUGAAAUGAAUUAACAGUCAUUAAAUAUCACAGAAAGUGGAGAAAGUGAACUUUAAAACAAAAUCCAGAAAUUUGUCAGAUAUCUUAGUGUGAACAAUAAACCUUUGUUGUUUCUGUUUCUUUUCUUAGUGCUAACUGAGUGUUUGAAAACUGAAGCUGAUGCAAAAGUGUAAUAACUGCAGUUUUGAACCAGUCAUUGUCAGGACAGCAGGUCAUAUUACAAUGUCCUUUUUUUUUUGCUGGUUAAACGUGAACACCCUGAAAGUUUGGUCUGAGUCUGUACCAUCUCUUUUGACUUUGUCAAGUCUGAGUUUCAUUUUCUGAUUAGGCCUAACGAGGGGCAUCAUUAGCUGUUUUCUAGUUUACCUCAUCUCCACAUCUGCUGAUUUCUUGAUUAGCUAAAGGUUAAUUCAACACUUCAAUCCCAAAAAGGCCACAUUCAUCUUUUGGAUUUGGACGUCUCUGAGGUCUCUGAGACCGAACUGUAAUCUAUUCAGACUAAGACUGCCCCAAUAUUUAGGUGUUUAUGAUAGCUAUGUUUAUGAAAAAUUUAAAUAUUGAUAUCGUGCUAAAAAGUCAUAAAAUAGAGGGGACUAGUUCUCCAUAUUUUCCCACCCAAUCAUCUUCCCCUGCUCUGUAUCCUCCCCUCUUUGCUAUGCCUUCAUUUUUCUUCCUUACCCUCCCUCCUCCCUUUAUCCCCCAGCACCCCCUCUCAUCCUUGCCUCCUUUCUGUCUUUCUCUUCCUUCAGCCAACCAACCGCAAGACAAAUGGACAAAUGCCUCAUUGGUGAUAUAUAGCUACUUCCUCCCCCUCCAUCCUCCACAGCCUGAGGAGGGAGGAGGAGGAGGAGGAGGAGGAGGAGGAGGUGUAGCUACAUAUAUAAGGCUAGUGAAGUAGCCAGAGUCAAUGGGGUAUGGUUGAGUGGCGUCGUUAGCUCCAUUUCCAGGCGUCAGCAUUGUGAUCUACAGUGACAGUGUGCUCCGUGGUUCUUAAGUGUAGAAAAACAAAAUAACUUAAAGGUUGCUGUUGCUGUCAAGAGCAAUAAGCAUUUAUCCAAUUUAGUCAGUUCAUUCACAAUAAUUACGCAAAGAGACUGAAGCAGAGGCAUGUGGUGCGUUCAGAUCGACUUCCAACUGAGCAUGUGUCAACGGAGAUCUAAUGGCGCAGGCGUGGAGCUACUCAAAUCAAAUACCCCAAAUCUUUGAGUUAAAAUUUCAAUCUGUAAAAAUCUGUUGACUUCUAACUCUUCAGGUUUGUGAAAAAGACACAAAGAAGAGCAGCCUUUGACCAGUGAGAUCGCUCCCAACAACAAUGGCUGAGAUCCAAUCAUGGAGCUCUGCUGUGGAAAUACUGUAAAAACCAGCCCCUCAGUUUUCAGGGCUGGUAGUGUUUCCUUGACAACAGCAAACAUGCAGGUCGGAUCAACAUUAAACUGAAAAUUUUUAUCAACAGUUGAAUUGAAACACUAAAUUUUUCUUUUGUCACUCUGAACAAAUGCAUAAAAAUAACUGCAGCACCUGUAUGAGGUCCUCCUUUCCUUAACUUGAGCAUUUUUCCUCUCAUUUCCAGCUCUCUGACUCUGUUUCAUGUCUGUUUUUGUCUUUAAAAUAUCUUAAAUGCAGUCUGCCUUCACUGAAAUUGACAUUUUUGAACCAAUCAUAAUCAAGUAUUUAACACAGCUUGGUUACUAGUCAGAAAGCCUGGUAAUAAAAAAUAACACAUUAUGAUUUUUGACCUGUCGAAGCAUCUCCAGGUCAAAAACGUCCAUUCACACCAAAUCCAUGUAACGCGAAAUUAACAUUGAUUAAUAAUGCUGAACUUUAGCAUGCACUGAUGUAGCUAAGUAUCAAGCAGUGCUAACUCAAAUUUUCUUCAACACACGCAAACACAAAUACACAAAAUGUUUCAAGUCUUUUUAAAAUGACAUAGAUGCAGUUGUGAAAUCAUUCCUGAGUGGACCAAAAGGAAAUUUGAAAUAAAAAAAGGUACUUCUGAGCCAAAAUGGCCUAAAAUGUGUUAAUUCUGUGUCUGCUUGUUUUUGACACGGUGAGGUUAGAGUUUAGGGUCCGAUCAGUCUUGCAUCUAAGGGUUAAUGUGUGACUUAUAAUUGCUUAUUGUUGAGAAAAAGUAGAUUUUGUUGUCCUUUUAAAGUGUUUGCGUGAAAGGAUGAGUCUCGGCACACUUAAUUAUGACUAAAAUGUGGUAACUGCUGGAUGGCUAGAUGGUAGAGUCUGCGCAUGAAUGGGUUAAUUAAUCGUCACAAGAGUGGUUGAUGAAUGAAAGACCAGACUAAUGAAAACACGAGCGAUGGAUGAGAGAAAUGAUAGGAUGAAUGAGGGAUUAAUGAAUGGUGCACUUAACUGAAGGACGCUUUAAUGAAAGCAAAGAAGCUGCAGGUUGAUGGAUGAGUAGGUGGAGGUAAACCGAUAGAUGAAGGAUAGAGAUUUAUGAAUAAACAAAAUUAAAGGUGGAACGAGAUGGAUGAAGUGGAUUGAGGGGUAAAUGGGCAGAGGAGCGAGUGAUAGAUGGAGGGAUGAAGUGGUCAACAAAAGGGCUGCGUAAAGAACGAUUUGGAGGAAAAGUGGGUGAUAGAUGAAAUGAUUUAACGGACGACUCGCAAACAUGACAAGUGCACAAGAGCAGAGUGAUGAAUGUUGGAUGGAUGGAUGGAUGAAGGAUGGAUGGAGAGAGUGGAUGAAGUGUGCAGAGUGAUAUGACAGAUGAAAACUGUACGGAUGAGUCUGAUGGACGGACCAAUGACAUUUUACGUCAGUGCGAAAUGCGAAAUAUAAGCGGAAUAUAAGCGGAUGAUGAAAUGUCAGAAAAUGAGCGUCAUCCCGUCUUUUGUGUUUGUAAUUUUUUCUCUUCAGGCUGAAUGAGUCCUCCUGAAAAUGUCACCGUCUGUUCUCUGUUUACUGUAUCACCAGUCGCCUUUUUCAGGUCGUUUUCCCCACUGUUCCCUGAUGCUGUUUGUGUGUUAAUCCCUUACACGAUUCGUACAAAACUUCAUGCUGUUAUAACAGAUCAGUUAUCUUUUUACUUCCACCCUGUUAUCACUCUUGAUUCACUGUUAAUUUACCGGCCGGUUCAGAUUGUUCAGAUUGAACACGACACGCCCUCUCAAUCCACACUUUUCUUAGCAGGUAAAACAACAAAUGCAGGUGUGAUAUGAAGAAGGUGAAGCAGCAUGUAAAUCUGUUCAGAUUUUAUUCUUUCAGGGCUUAAGAGAAAAGAUGUUCAUCCAAAGUCACAAUGCAGACUGAAGUUUCCUGUGAACAAAACUCGUUAUAUGAUUGAUCGUUAUGAUCGUUAUAUGGAGAUCCUGGAGACCACAUAAUUAUAUGACACAGCAGACACAGACGAGGAGCUCUCAGUGACUCAGUUAAUUUUUAAUUAUUUUUUUUUUACUGAAACAAUCAGCUGCUUCACCACAAUCUCAGUUGAAUCAGAAAAAUAAGUUUCAAAAAUUAAUGUGAUUAUUAUUACAGUUACAGAAAACCUCAUUUGAACACCCAUUCACAGAAAAGAGUCAUGAUAGAUGUCUUUACAAAUACGUCACAUUUUAAAGUAGUUUUCUUAAGUAUCGGACCUUCAAAUUCUGCACAAACUGAAGCUGAGGAACAUUUUUUUAACACAGCUGCAGGUUUUACUCAGUUGGUAAAGCGACAGUCCUUGUCACACUGGGACCGAGGAUCAAUCCCCAAUCCUGACAUGAUUUAGUGCAUGUCCUUUCUCCUCUCUCUACAUUUUCUGUCUGAUCAAAUAAAUGACAAAACAUCCCAAAAUAUUUGAAGAAUAAAGUAAAUGUAAAUUCAUGAUGAUGCAAACAACAGUCUCAUCUGGACACAAGGCUUAACAUUCAUGUGCUGUGACCAAAAAGCUAACAACAAAUAAAAGAUCUCCCUCAACAAACAUAUCAGACACAGUUGGGUCUAUUUUUCAAACAUUUUUGGAACAUCAUCAAAAAUAAAGACACCACAGUCUCAACUAAUCCACCAUCACCCACCAACUCUUUUCAAAACUACUCACUACAAAAUCAGUGCUUCUGAAAAUCAGGACAAAAGCGAGCAUCAGGAACUGAAGAUCAGAGUUCUUGAUGUGAAAAUGAUCCACAAACAUUUACAAACCAGAACAUUUCAAGAGUUCAAUGAUCUCAUUACAUGUUUUUGGUCUGAUUGACUCAAAAUUCUGUUUAUUUCAGUUCAAUAAACUCAGCAGAAUCUCCAAUCGACCAGUGUAACCACAGUCCAGCAUGUAGCGGCUGAGUGAAUGUGGUCUGGACUCUGUGGAGGAGAGUCAUGGUUUCAGAGACGCUGUAGAAGGACAGAAUACCUGCUCUGUGAUCCAGGUACACUCCUACUCUGGAGGACCAAGGACCUGAGAUAGGAGCGCUGACGUUGUUGUGCAUUAAGCUAUAGCCAUUUUUAUCACAGUCUAACCUCCAAGAUUUGUCAUUCAAUCCAAAUCUACAAUCGACUGAGUCCCCUGCUCUGCUGAUAGUCUUGUAUGCGACUGCUACAAGAACCUUGUCCCCUCUCAGCUCCAUCUCCCAGUAACAACGUCCAGUCAGACUCUCUCUACUCAGGACCUGACGAUAAUUAGUGAAUCUGUCUGGGUGAUAAGAAUAAUCAUGUAGUACUUCUGUCCUUGUUGCUCUUCUGUUUCCAUCAGAUAAUAACAGCCCUCUGUUUACUGUGUUUGGAUCCAGUGUGAUUCUUCGUGAAUAUCUUAAGAAACCAGCUCUGGUCUUGGGUUCUGCUGGUCCUGGUGGUUCUGACAGUAAAACAUCCACUUCAGUCACUGCCUGUGAGACGUUUGUCCACGUCUCUGUCAGAAGAUCCUGGAGUUUCUCUCUGACCUCUGACACAGCUGCUGUCACCUCCUCGAAGUAUCUCAGAGGACGGAUGUUGAUUCUGGAUGAGUCUGCAGGUUGACCCGGUUCUGACAGUGAGGGGUAGCUGUGCAGAAACUGGAUGUGGUCCUCUGUGAGUGAGAGCUUCUGCAGAUCAGCGUCUUUCCUCUUCAGCUCAGUGAUCUCCUGCUCCAGCUUCUCCUGAAGGUCUUUGACUCGACUCACUUCACGUUCCUGCUGGGAUCUGACCUGCUGCUCCACCUCAGAGCGGCGUUUUUCCAUGAGACGGAUCAGCUGGCUGAAGAUCUCCUGGCUGUGCUCCACAGCUUUAUCAGCAGAACCGUUGAUAGCCUCCACCUCCUGUUGGAGCAGCUUCACAUCUUCUUCUCUGUCCUGGAUUCUCUGCUGGAUGUUUUCUCGACUCUCCUCCAGAUCUUUCUGCCUCUCAGUCCUUUCUGCUGCAGCUGAGACUGUGUCGUGACCUUUGUGUUGGUCCACAGAGCAGAGAUAACAGAUAGACUGUUGAUCAGUGCGGCAGAACAUCUUCAUCACCUCAUCAUGACGAGAGCAGAUGUUCUCCUGGAGCUUCCUGGAGGGCUCCACCAGCUUGUGUUUAGCAUAGGCAGGAGAUUCAUAAUGAGGCUGGAGGUGUUUUUCACAAAAUGAGAUCAAACAGAACAAACAGGACUUGACAGCUUUCAGUUUUCUCCCACUGCAGACGUCACAGGCCACAUCUUCAGGUCCAGCAUCAGAGGGAUCAUCAGGAGCAGCUUGGAGUCCACUCUUCUUCACUUCCUCCACUAAACCUGCUAACACGAUGUUUUUUAUUGGGACAGGCCUCGGUGUGAAAGUCUGUCUGCACUGAGGACAGCUGUAGAUCUUCUUCUCAUCCUCAGUAUCCCAGUAGGAUUGGAUACAGCUCAUGCAGAAGCUGUGUCCACAGGAAACAGCCACCGGAUCCUUCAGAAGAUCCAAACAGAUGGAACAAGAGAAAGACUCCCGGUCCAGAUGAACUCCUUUUUGCGCCAUUUCAACACUCGCUGUCGACGACGACUGACUGGGUUUUCUUUCCUGAAAAGUGAAACUAGUCUGAGCUCUGAUCUCAACAACAUGUGUGAGUCAGCAGGAUCAGCUCAGCACACAGAGGUUAUAGCCACCUCAAACUGUAGAUCUGAAGGGGAGGGAGCAAGGAAGUGAGUGAGCAGAGUGGAGUGAGCUGUGUGAGAGAGGAGGGAGGGGAAACCGAGCUUUUCUACAUUCCAGGAAGAGGAGUGUUUUGGCCUUUAGUCUGUGUCAUAAGGAAACAUUUACUCUCAAAGCAGUUACAUAUUAGGUUGUAAAUUCUUAAAAACACAAACAUUUAUCUCUGACCUUUCUGAAAAUUAUUUUAUGCUAGCUUACUUGGAAAUGCUCUAGUUAUUUCUCUAUUUUGGAUUAUUGGGAGGUAAUAUCUAUAAAUAAAAUAUAUUUAUAGAUAUUUAGAUAUUCAAACAGGACUAUCAGGAUAAUUCAGUAGAAAUUUUGCAACCAUUGCUUUAUCAGUUUUUAUUAAAAAGUCAAAUAGACAAACUUUUUGAACUAAGGCGCUGACUUUACACCUACAGGCACAUCAAUAACAGAGCUUUAGUCCAAUGUGUGCACUUGAAGUCAGCUCCUAACUUUUCGUUAAUCCUUCCUUUUAAAGUCUAUUUAUUAGGUUUUUACCUGGUAAUAACAGGGUAACUAAAAGCACUUUACUAUGUAAGUACCAGCAAACUUACAUGAUUACUCCAGAUAAGUACUUAUAAAAGUUUUUCAUAGUUUUAAAGCUGGUAAAUAAGAAAAGCUUUCAGUAACCAUGAAAAGACUUCUUUGAUAAAAGUGAUUUCUCAGACCACAGCGUGAGCUCGUUUCACAGUCAUAACUUUGGUCCCAUCAGUGACGUCUAAACUUUUUCUGCCACGCCCCUUUAGAGAAUAAAAAAGUUCAGUUUAUGUGCGAUUAAAAACUGAAAGAAAACUUCAGCACCAUGUGAAAUAAAUGAACAAUUACAAUUUUUUUUACAUUUUUUACACCUCGUUGUACAUUGUGAGAUUAUGUGAGGUCGCAUGACGAUAGCUGGAUGUAAAUUUGAAAGCUUUGUGUGUCACUGAUGCAGCUUUAAUAAAACAAUGAGCCCGCUGGCAGCAUUCACCAAGUUUUCUGUGUACAAAACUCAUUAUAUGGUUGAUGCCUGCAAACUAUAUGAAUACAUGACACAGCAGACACAGACGAGGAGCUCUCAGUGACUCAAUUUAAUUUAAUUUUCUUUUUUUUUACCGAGACAAUCAGCUGCUUCACCACAAUCUCAGCCAAGGCAAAAAAAUAAAAGCAGUUUUACAAAUUAAUGUGAUUAUUAUUACAGUUACAGAAAAGCUCAUUUGAAGACUCAUUUGCAGAAAAGAGUAAUUAUAGAUGUCUUUACAAAUGUGUUACAUUUUAAAGUAUUUUUCUAAAGUAUCAGACCUUAAAAAUCUGCACAAACUGAAGCUGAGGAACAUCUUUUUUUAAGGGACUGCAGGUUUUACACAGUAAAGUGACAGUCCUCAUCAUAGUCCAACCAAGGAUCAAUCCCCAUCCUGACAUGAUUUAGUGCAUGUCCUUUCUCCUCUCUCUACAUUUCCUGUCUGAUCAAAUAAAUGCCAAAGCAUCCCAAAGUAUUUAAAAAAUAAAGUAAAUGUAAAUUCAUGAUCAUGCAAACAACAGUCUCAUCUGGACACAAGGCUUAACAUUCGUGUGCUGUGACCAAAAAGCAAACAACAAAUAAAAGAUCUCCCUUUUAUCAGACAGAGUUGGGUCUAUUUUUCAAACAUUUUUAGAGCAUCAUUAAAAAUAAAGACACCACAGUCUCAACUAAUCCACCAUCACCCACCAACUCUAUUCAAAACUACUCACUACAAAACCAGUUCUUCUGAAAAUCAGGAGAGAGCGAGUAUUAGGAACUUAAGAUCAGAGUUCUUGAUGUGAAAAUGAUUCACAAACAUUUACAAACUAGAACAUUUCAAGAGUUCAGUAAUCUCAUUACAUGUUUUUGGUCUGAUUGACUCAAGAUUAAUUUUUAUUUCAGUUCAAUAAACUCAGCAGAGUCUCCAUAGGGUAACAGUCCAGCAUGUAGAGGUUCAGUGAAUGUGGUCUGGACUCUGUGGAGGAGAGUCAUGGUUUCAGAGACGCUGUAGAAGGACAGAAUACCUGCUCUGUGAUCCAGGUACACUCCUACUCUGGAGGACCGAGGACCUGGGACAGGAGUGCAGACUUUGUUGUGCACAAAUUCAUAACCGUCUUUAUCACCGUCUAACCUCCAAGAUUUGUCAUUGUACCCAAAUCUACAAUCAUUUGAGUUUCCUACUCUGCUGAUAGUCUUGUAUGCGACUGCUACCCUAACCCCAUCCCCUCUCCAGUCCACCUCCCAGUAACAACGUCCAGUCAGACUCUCUCUACUCAGGACCUGUUUAUAAAAAGUGAAUCUGUCUGGAUGAUCAGGAUAAGACUGUGGUUGUUCUGUCUUUGUUGCUCUUCUGUUUCCAUCAGAUAAUAACAGCCCUCUGUUUACUGUGUUUGGAUCCAGUGUGAUUCUUCGUGAAUAUCUUAAGAAACCAGCUCUGGUCUUGGGUUCUGCUGGUUCUGGUGGUUCUGACAGUAAAACAUCCACUUCAGUCACUGCCUGUGAGACGUUUGUCCACGUCUCUGUCAGAAGAUCCUGGAGUUUCUCUCUGAGCUCUGACACAGCUGCUGUCACCUCAUCAAAGUAUCUCAGAGGACGGAUGUUGAUUCUGGGUGAGUCUGCAGGUUGACCCGGUCCUGACAGUGAGGGGUAGCUGUGCAGAAACUGGUUGUGGUCCUCUGUGAGUGAGAGCUUCUGCAGAUCAGCGUCUUUCCUCUUCAGCUCAGUGAUCUCCUGCUCCAGUCUCUCCUGAAGGUCUUUGACUCGACUCACUUCACGUUCCUGCUGGGAUCUGACCUGCUGCUCCACGUCAGAGCGGCGUUUCUCCAUCAGACGGAUCAGCUGGCUGAAGAUCUUCUGGCUGUGCUCCACAGCUUUAUCAGCAGAGCCGUUGAUAGCCUCCACCUCCUGUUGGAGCAGCUUCACAUCUUCUUCUCUGUCCUGGAUUCUCUGCUGGAUGUUUUCUCGACUCUCCUCCAGAUCUUUCUGCCUCUCAGUCCUUUCUGCUGCAGCUGAGACUGUGUCGUGGCCUUUGUGUUGGUCCACAGGGCAGAGAUAACAGAUAGACUGUUGAUCAGUGCGGCAGAACAUCUUCAUCACCUCAUCAUGACGAGAGCAGAUGUUCUCCUGGAGCUUCUUGGAGGGCUCCACCAGCUUGUGUUUAGCAUAGGCAGGAGAUUCAUGAUGAGGCUGGAGGUGUUUUUCACAAAAUGAGAUUAAACAGACCAGACAGGACUUGACAGCUUUCAGUUUUCUCCCACUGCAGAUGUCACAGGCCACAUCUUCAGGUCCAGCAUCAGAGGGAUCAUCAGGAGCAGCUUGGAGUCCGCUCUUCUUCACUUCCUCCACUAAACCUGCUAACACAAUGUUUUUUAUUGGGACAGGCCUCGGUGUGAAAGUCUCUCUGCACUGAGGACAGCUGUAGAUCUUCUUCUCAACCUCUUUAUCCCAGUAGGAUUGAAUACAGCUCAUGCAGAAGCUGUGUCCACAGGAAACAGUCACCGGAUCCUUCAGAAGAUCCAAACAGAUGGAACAAGAGAAAGACUCACGGUCCAGAUGAACUCCUUUCUGCGCCAUUUCAACACUCGCUGUCGACGACUGACUGAGUUUUAUUUCCUGAAAAGUGAAACUAGUCUGAGCUCUGAUCUCAACAACAUGUGUGAGUCAGCAGGAUCAGCUCAGCACACAGAGGUUAUAGCCACCUCAACUGUAGAUCUGAAGGGGAGGGAGCAAGGAAGUGAGUGAGCAGAGUGGAGUGAGCUGUGUGAGAGAGGAGGGAGGGGAGAUCGAGCUUUUCUACAUUCCAGGAAGAGGAGUGUUUUGGCCUUUAGUCUGCGUUCAUAAGGAAACAUUUACUCUCAAAGCAGUUACAUAUUAGGUUGUAAAUUCUUAAAAACACAAACAUUUAUCUCUGACCUUUCUGAAAAUUAUUUUAUGCUAGCUUACUUGGAAAUGCUCUAGUUAUUUCUCUAUUGUGGAUUAUUGGGAGGUAAUAUCUAUAAAUAAAAUAUAUUUAUAGAUAUUUAGAUAUUCAAACAGGACUAUCAGGAUAAUUCAGUAGAAAUUCUGCAGCCAUUGCUUUAUCAGUUUUUAUUAAAAAGUCAACAAGACAAACUUUUUGAACAAAGGCGCUGACUUUACACCUACAGGCACGUCAAUAACAGAGCUUUAGUCCAAUGUGUGCGCUUGAAGUCAGCUAUUAACUUUUCAUUAAUCCUUCCUUUUAAGUCCUCUAUUUAUUCGGUAUUUAUCUAGUAUUAAUAGGGUAACUAAAAGCACUUUACUAUGUAAGUACCAGAAAACUUACAUGAUUACUCCAGGUAAGUACUUAUGAAAGUUUUCAUAGUUUUAAAGCUGGUAAAUAAGAAAAGCUUUCAGUAACCAUGAAAAGAUUACUUUGAUAAAAGUGAUUUCUCAGACCACAGCGUGAGCUCGUUUCACAGUCAUAACUUUGGUCCCAUCAGUGACGUCUAAACUUUUUCUGCCACGCCCCUUUAGAGGAUAAAAAAGUUCAGUUUAUGUGCGAUUAAAAACUGAAAGAAAACUUCAACACCAUGUGAAAUAAUUUUAAAAAUUGCAUCUUACAUUAAUUACAUCUUUUUUGAACAGUUUGAGAUUAUGUGGUCGCAUGACUGUAGGUGGAUGUGAUUUGAAGGAUGUGUGUGUCACUGAUGGAGCUUUAAUAAAAAGAAGAGCCCGCUGGCAGCAUUCACCAAGUUUCCUGUGACCAAAACUCGUUAUACAGUGACUGAAAAGUUCAUGAAAAUCCUGGAGACCACAUAAAUACAUGACACAGCAGACACAAACGAGGAGCUCUCAGUGACUCAAUUUAAUUUAUUUUUUUAUUUAUUUUUUUUACUGAAACAUUCAGCUCCUUCACCACAAUCUCAGUUGAAUCAGAAAAAUAACAAGUUUCAAAAAUUAAUGUGAUUAUUAUUACAGUUACAAAAAAGCUCAUUUUCAUUCACAGAAAAGAGUCGUGAUAGAUGUCUUUACAAAAACGUCACAUUAUGAAGUAGUUUUCUAAAGUAUCAGACCUUCAAAAAUCUGCACAAACUGAAGCUGAGGAAAAUUUUUUUAACAGAGCUGCAAGUUUUACUCAGUUGGUAAAGUGACAGUCCUUGUCACACUCGGUCCGAGGAUCAAUCCACAGUGCUAAUAUGAGUCAGUGCAUGUCCUUUCUCCUCUCUGUAUAUUUUCUGUCUGAUCAAAUAAAUGCAAAAACAUCCUAAAAUAUUUGAAGAAUAAAGUAAAUGUAAAUUCAUGAUCAUGCAAACAACAAUCUCGUCUGAAUAUUUGUGUGCUGUGACCAAAACACAAAUAUAUGAAAGAUCUCCCUCAGCAAACAGACACAGUUGGGGCUAUUUUUUUCAAACAUUUUUAGAACAUCAUUAAAAAUCAAGACACCAUAGUCUCAACUAAUCCACCAUCACCCACCAACUCUAUUAAAAACUACUCACUACAAAACCAGUGCUUCUGAAAAUCAGGAGAGAGCGAGCAUCAGGACCUGAAGAUCAAAGUUCUUGAUGUGAAGAUGAUUCACAAACAUUUACAAACCAAAACAUUUCAAGAGUUCAAUGAUCUCAUUACAUGUUUUUGGUCUGAUUUACUUAAAAUUUGUAUAUAUAUAUAUAUAUUUUUUAUUUCAGUUCAAUAAACUCAGCAGAGUCUCCAUAAGUGUGGAGUAACCACAGUCCAGCAUGUAGCGGCUCAGUGAAUGUGGUCUGGACUCUGUGGAGGAGAGUCAUGGUUUUAGAGACGCUGUAGAAGGACAGAAUACCUGCUCUGUGAUCCAGGUACACUCCUACUCUGGAGGACUGAGGACCUGAGAUAAAAGUGCUGACGUCGUUGUGCAUAAAGCUAUAGCCAUUUUUAUAACUUUCUAACCUCCAAGAUUUGUCAUUCAAUCCAAAUCUACAAUACUUUAAGGGCCCUGCUCUGCCGAUAGUCUUGUAUGCGACUGCUACAAGAACCCCGUCCCCUCUCCAGUCCACCUCCCAGUAACAACGUCCAGUCAGACUCUCUCUACUCAGAACCUGUUCAUAAUCAGUAAAUCUGUCUGGAUGAUCUGGAUAAAACUGUUUUUUUUUUGUCUUUGUUGCUCUUCUGUUUCCAUCCGUUAAUAACAGAUAUUUGUGUGCUGUGUUUGGAUCUAGUGUGAUUCUUCGUGAGUAUCUUAAGAAACCAGCUCUGGUCUUGGGUUCUGCUGGUUCUGGUGGUUCUACCAGUAAAACAUCCACUUCAGUCACAGCCUGUGAGACGUUUGUCCACGUCUCUGUCAGAAGAUCCUGGAGUUUAUCUCUGACCUCUGACACAGCUGCUGUCACCUCCUCAAAGUAUCUCAGAGGACGGAUGUUGAUCCUGGAUGAGUCUGCAGGUUGACCCGGUUCUGACAGUGAGGGGUAGCUGUGCAGAAACUGGUUGUGGUCCUCUGUGAGUGAGAGCUUCUGCAGAUCAGCGUCUUUCCUCUUCAGCUCAGUGAUCUCCUGCUCCAGUUUCUCCUGAAGCUCUUUGACUCGACUCACUUCACGUUCCUGCUGGGAUCUGACCUGCUGCUCCAUGUCAGAGCGGCGUUUCUCCAUGAGACGGAUCAGCUGGCUGAAGAUCUUCUGGCUGUGCUCCACUGCUUUAUCAGCAGAGCCGUUGAUAGCCUCCACCUCCUGUUGGAGCAGCUUCACAUCUUCUUCUCUGUCCUGGAUUCUCUGCUGGAUGUUUUCUCGACUCUCCUCCAGAUCUUUCUGCCUCUCAGUCCUUUCUGCUGCAGCUGAGACUGUGUCGUGACCUUUGUGUUGGUCCACAGAGCAGAGAUAACAGAUAGACUGUUGAUCAGUGCGGCAGAACAUCUUCAUCACCUUAUCAUGACAAGAGCAGAUGUUCUCCUGGAGCUUCUUGGAGGGCUCCACCAGCUUGUGUUUCUUAAAUGUAGGUGAUUCAUAAUGAGGCUGGAGGUGAAUCUGACAGUAAGAAGCCAGACAUUGAAGACAGGACUUGACAGCUUUCAGUUUUCUCCCACUGCAGAUGUCACAGGCCACAUCUUCCGGUCCAGCCUCAGAGGGAUCAUCAGGAGCAGCUUGGAGUCCGCUCUUCUUCAGUUCCUCCACCAAACCUGCUAACAUGGUGUUUUUCAUCAGGACAGGCCUCGGUGUGAAGGUGUGUCUGCACUGAGGACAGCUGUAGAUCUUCUUCUCAUCCACUUUAUCCCAGAAGGUUUGAAUACAGCUCAUGCAGAAGCUGUGUCCACAGGGAACAGCAACCGGAUCCUUCAGAAGAUCCAAACAGAUGGAACAAGAGAAAGACUCCCGGUCCAGAUGAACUCCUUUCUGCGCCAUUUUAAUACUCGCUGUCGACGACGACUGACUGAGUUUAAUUUCCUGAGAAGUGAAACUAGUCUGAGCUCUGAUCUCAACAACAUGUGUGAGUCAGCAGGAUCAGAUCAGGACACGACGGUUACACCCAACCUCAAACUGUAGAUCUGAAGGGGAGGGAACAAGGAAGUGAGUGAGCAGAGUGGAGUGAGCUGUGUGAGAGAGGAGGGAGGGGAAAUCCAGCUUUUCUACAUUCCAGGAAGAGGAGUGUUUUGACCUUCAGUCUGCGUUCAUAAGGAAACAUUUACUCUUAAUUCAAAGCAGUUACAUAUUAGGUUGUAAAUUCUUAAAAACACAAACAUUUAUCUCUGACCAUUCUGAAAAUUAUUUAUAGUAUUCAUAGAUAGAUAUUCAAACAGGACUAACAGGAUAAUUCAGUAAAAAUUUUGCAGCCAUUGCUUUUUCAGUUUUUAUUAAAAAGUCAAGUAGGCAAACCUUCUUAACUUCGGCGUUGACAUUACACCUACAGGCACGUCAAAAACAGCCUUAGUGCAAUGUGUGUACUUGAAGUCAGCUUGUAACUUUUUGGUAAUCUAUUAAUAAUCACAUUCGUACUUAAAUCAUAGUGUGUUGAGUGAAUAAAAGUAGGAUAAGGUAAGAUAAUAAUCGGGAAUCCAGCUUUGAAAGAAGGCUCAGUUUAUGUUGUUCUCCUCAGAUUGACUGUUUGUCUAACCGCCUGGGUGCCGUAGCAAUUUCAUUGUUCAUGUGAACAGAUGGCUGAGCGCGGCUCUCUGCUGUAACUGAUAAUUGCUCCAUUAAUUAGAUGAUAGUCAACAAACUGCUUCAGUGAGCUUUAGCUGCAUAACCAGAGAAACCUGCAUCUGUAUGUCUAUCUCCUUAAACUGUUUUUGUCUCAAAGCAAGAGUUCGAAUAUCAGGCAGAAACACACUGAUCUACCUUUAUUGAUAGGACAGUGUGGAAAUAAAGGGAGAAAGAGAGAGGGGGGAGGACAUGCAGCACAUGUUCGGGCUGGACUCGAAAUCCACGACUGUUGCGGGGAUCGUGGUCCCCAUACAUGGGGUGUGCUAACCCGCAGGCCAUCUGCGCGCCCCUGAAUUUGCAUUUUUAGAUUUUUUUAUUUUACUGCUUCUGUCAAAUGUACACUGUUGAAAACGAGUGAACGUUUAAAGGCAGGAAUAAAAACAUCGCCUGUGAAAAUUACAAGUGAGGAACACAGCGAGAGGUGGAAACUAUAAAAGAAGGAAAAGAUGUUGGCAGAGUGAAACAAAGGAUAGAGACAGACGGACAGAUGGAGUGCAACAGUGAGUGUGAAUCAACACAAACACCGGCUCCAUUCAUUCUUUUUCUCCCUCCUCUCUUUGUGUGAGAGAGAAAUGCUGACAGAGGAAUAAGCUGCCGUGUCUUCACGGAAUCAGGCCCAAAAUUCAGGCCCCUCCUAAAUGGUUACAAAUUCAGCAGCAGAUGCAAAUAUUUUUUGUCGUAUUGGCGUUUCAUCCACACAGAAAUGGUGUUUUAGGUGACUGCAAUACUAAUACAAUACAAAAGUACAAUACAGUACUAUUUGAAAAGAGUGCAUUACUCUGUAUAUGACUACAGUUUUUCAUUUAUACAGUUUUCACCUACUGCCACCAUUAACCGCAAUAGAAAUUUCCACAUCUUUCAGGACCCACAGAAUAUCUUGUGCUUGAACUAGAAUUAAGUUCAGCGUCUCAAAAGAAAGAGGUGAUUCUCUUCUUUCAAAAAAGUUAGUCUCUAACCCUCUACUGUGUUUAGUUAUUGCCUGCGCAAUGCAGCGUGGUAUAUCAUCUUUGCCGAUUUGGAAAAAUAUCAUAUCAUAAAAGUCACAAAUAUAUAUAUCACAAAUGUCAUAUAAUCUUUGCCAAUCUGGAAAAAACACAUUUUUAUUAGCCAAGAUUCGAGAUUCGAUUGUGAGAGGUCACUUUGUGAUGGCUGGGAGUCGUAUUGGCUCUUGAGAACCUGACGCUGUGACGUUAACCACAUGUACUUCUUGUGUCCUGUUGCUGUUGUGACUGUUGCUGGAUGCUGCUCACCAGUACCGGCACCGGCAGCACGACAAUAUGCUGGAAAAUUAUUUCUUUGAUUUUCUGCUGAUGAUGUGAAGGUCCGGUAAUGGGAUCUCCACUGGAUUCAGAGAUGGUAGUGCAGUGCCUACAGGAGCUGAUGCGCCGAGACCAUUUGCUCUUGGCUAAGGACUUUGCCAUUUUCCUACUCUCCUCAUAGAGAAAAAACACUCCACAACGAGGCUAAAUGGCACACUUGAUGGCACACUUCUCACUGGCAAGUACUUGUUUUUGUUAUUGUAACAUGGUUAUGAUGUAUUUUUCCGCUUUUCUGCGUUCAGAACAACCCCAAACUUAUUCACAUGUUGGGGAGAGCACCCUCUGGCGGAAAACCAAAAAAAAAAAGGAAAAAUCCUUCAAAAUCCGUCAGUGGCACUGAAUGAGUAAAGGCACCUGCCCGAGUCCAGCCAAAACACCUUUGUACACAUGCUCCGUACUCUUCUUCUGCCUUUGGUGCAUUUCUGGGGCAGCGUUAUAGUGCCACUGACUGGCUUGGCAUAUGCACUACAUAGUUUUUAGUGAUUUGGUUUCCUGAAGUGAUUCCCUCUCAGUUCAUUUACAGUGUAUGACAGCGGCUGACGACACGUGAACAUCAUCCACAUUUAACUCCGUAUAGACCUAUAAGUACAGAUGAUACAUUUGUAUACCAUAUGUUGAAUACUUUUCAUUACUGUACUUUAUGGUCAGCAUGCGACACAGUUGCAUAGACAGAUGAAAUGUAGAGUUUUCAUUUACAGAUUUUCAGUUCCAGAAAAUUUUUACUGAAGUGUAAAGUAUUCAUAAAAAAAAAACUACUAAGAGACCAUUUUGUUGCAUCACCUGUAAAGAGGCGGUAUUAUGCAUUUUUUUUCAGACUCUAACGGGGUUGUUGACCUGGUUUCACCUAAGAGGGGGUGCCUUUCUGGGUCUCUUCACGUUUGCGAUGCUUGCAUGAUGGUGGUGCUGUGAUCCAGCACAAAAACGUUUCGAUUUGUUGUCCAAAGCUGAAUUUUAAUUUGGGGACAUUAAGUGCCUCAGUCCGCCACCUCUGUUCAUUUCUGAACCACACGACCAAAAAUGCCAAAUGGCACAAGAGGAAGUGAGACAAAUAAAUGUCCGUCAAAAAAAGCAGGACAAGUAAAAAAUGCAGGAUGUCUUAUUGAUUAAAGGCCAGUGCAGAAAUAGAAAGACGUGAUAAAAUGGUGUGAUAUUUAAUUUGUCACAGGGUCUAAAUCACUGGAAGUCAGCGCUAUAAUAAACCACGUUAGUUAUUAUUAGAAUAUGAAAUAUUUAAGCUGAAAUGAGCUCCCUCAUCGAAACAUCAUUUCACACAAUCUGCGCCAACAUCCGAGUCGGGUCGCUGACUUUUAAAGAAAGAAAAAAUGGAAUGGAGUCAUGUAUCAUGCUCUGCCUUGCAGUCUGUGCUGAGGGAAUAAUUUAUCACCACAUAGUCACAUGAAUAAAUAAUGUAGCAGGGCUGUGAAGUCGCUGCCUGGCAGGUCUGAGAGCGAGGCCCGGCAUUAGCAGCUCAUCAUUAAUUCAUUCACAGACGUCUCCAGGAUUUAUUCUCUGUCUUUGGUGGCACUCUGACUCUGACAUUCUGUACAGAGAGCAGCGCCGUUUCAUUCAGGAUAAACAAGAUGAAAAAUGUGCCGCAACUUUGUUUACUGUGUCAGAGAAGAAUAUACGUGCUGACCGUAGCGGAGCGGCAAAAGUAAAUGGUUUGUACUCCAGUAACAAAACAGUUCUCAGAAGAGCACAAACUAUAUUUUCUUUGGCCUCCACCGACGUGAAAAUUGUGCUUUUUCUGGCAAAUAUAACAUCAAACAUUGUUGUCACGGAGGAAAAGGAACUUACUAUCACGACUGAUGUUUUUGCAUCGCCGUAUCAAAUAGUGAUUUACACAAAAGAUCUCAUCUGUCUCAUUCAAACUUAGUUUUUGCUAAAUAUAGUUCCUGCCCACUGACGCUUUAGUUGGUUCCAUGAACCGCGUUAGUCCUCACUGAGGUAUUUUUGCAAUAGUUAAAAAAUCCCAAAUCUGAGCUGUCUUUUUUUCACAAGAUAACCAUAUCAUUACAGGAGGCAAAGGCGGCACCAGUGGAACCAGUUUGUGUCUCUACAUGCUGGUUGUACCUCCUGUAAUGGACCUGUCAUCCCUGAACCUAACUCGCACACAUCUAGAGCUUUUCUCUCCAUUUCUGUGUCUCAUUCUCCCCCUCGUACUCGGCUCCUUCGCCUGUCACAAUCAUGUUGUGUUGACAGACUCAUGCUUGCCUUCCCGAGCCGCUCUCGUCCUCGUCUCCAGCCGUGAAACUCGGAAACAACUUCCAAUUAACUGGAUAGGAUCAGCGCGCCGUCCUGCCCCGCUCUGAUAACAUUAUCCCACGUCACGCACCACUGCCAGCACCCGGAUUAUGAAAUUAAAAAAGAAGGAGAAGAGGAAGAAGAAAGGGUGGUGUGGGAUGGAAGGAAGAAUGGUUGGGUGCUGGGGGAUGGGAGAUGAAUGGAGGGGGGAGGUGGUGCAUGGCCUUGGGUGCUGUCUUCUGUGUUUGUAUGGUAUAUCUGGCCUUGUAUGAAAGAAAAGGAGGGUUAUAUAAGGUUUUAAAGCCCCUCCACCAUCACCAGAAUGAAAGUUCAGUCUGUUGGAGCUCCAAACGCCUACUGACAAAGUCUUACAUAACCAGACGCUGUUCAGGCCUCGGGUUCCUAUGAGGAUGUAAAUGGAGGCAGGUAGAGUGACGCUCCUCCGUUCCUCAUGAUAAAGCCAUGAUGAAUUGUUUUCCUCCUCAGAUGAAGGUUUUUUAUGAUUGUGUCGCUCUGGCUCUGCUGUGUCGGAGAGGAUGUACUAUGCAGGAAAAAAAAGGGAUAAAAACAGCGAGGAAUUGUUUGUGUUGGAGCGGUUUGAACACACAGUACUGAUUUCUCAUAAAAUGCUCCAGUUAGAUUUAAGAAAUGCUUCUACUCUGGAUGGCUCACCUCCGUAUUAGGUCACCACCUGGUUUAACGUGUCCAGAGGGUUGUAGGUGUCUUCUCUGAAAAAGAGGAUGAAGAAGGUCAUGAAAACUGUGAUUAAAAGAGGGAAAGAAAACGAGAAGAGAGAGAUGAUAUAAAGUAGACAGAUAUGAAAGUAAGGAGUAUAAUAAAGGGAAUUUACUGAUCCAAAAAGAGAUGGAUUUGUUUGACUUAUUCUGAUAUUAUCCUUGUAUGUGUUUUGAAGAGUUCAUGUUAGUUCAUUUCAAACUAACUGGAACCACGAAAUAUCAGUUUUUGUGCCUAAAAAGGGAGUUUCAUUUCUGCCUUGACAUGUCGAUCACUGACUACAGAUGGUUUUUAGGGAUUGAGACUUAAAUGUCAAGGUUAGGAGAAGAAUACACCGAUUUAAUAAGGGUCUAUAUCGUGUUUGUUUCUGCCUUUUUCUUCCGGAUGUCCUUGUCUGACAGCUGCAUCUCUCCUUUAUUCCAAUAGAGCGUCCUUGAGUUUGUUUCUAUAACGAUAAGAGAAAUGUAUACUUAAAAAAACAGAGGCCACACACACACACACACACACACACACACUGAUUGAUUUAAGACUGAACAAAGGCCACAUAUAAUAAUACCAAGUCAAAUCAGUUUGGUAGAUUAAAUUGUGUGCACGGUAACGAAACUAACAAUGAACAAACUCAUGGAUCCGUUUUGUAUUUGCUCAUCUGUCUUAAGGAUCUGCACAAGAUCUGAGGGAUAAACAAUGAAGCAUCUUUUAAAUCUUUUAAACGUGGGAAAUGAAAAGUCUUAAAUUGUACAUUCACUCUCUGCGUCUCACUUACCUGACCUCACUGACUCUUCCUUUUUGAACUUCAGUCUGGAUUUUGUUUCCUCAUGUUUCACUCUGAUUUCAACAUUCUUCUCCUCGUGUAUUUGCUCUUUAAAAGCAUUAUUUUUCUAUUUUUAAUAUCAUGCUCAGAUCUUUUAAACUAAUAAAUAAAAAUUAAAAUAAAAUAAAAACUUAUUUUUUUUUAACCUUUUUUGAAUUUCCAAAUGAUUUAUAAUCGUUGCUGUUUUUGUUACAUAUCUUUGAAAAGGAAGUUGACAGUUUUGGUAAAAUGUUGACCCUGUUUGGGCGCUCAGGUUAGACCUAAAUCCAGAUUAUGGCCCUUGCUGUGGUUGAGUUUGACACCCCUGAUCUAGUACAAUCUCCUUUUCUAAGUCUAGUAAAGCCUAGUAAGUAAAAGCUACCUGCUCUCUGAACGGGUGUGUGUGCAGCCUCCUUGAGUGAUGGUUUAAUCUCCAAAUGGGUCCAUCCUCAGCCUUAUAUCUUCACACAAGUGUGCAGAGUGUGUGUUUCUGGGCUUGUACAUCGGUGUAAAUUUCGGUUUUUGAUAAUGAAAUGUCGUCUCUUCACCUCCCAGUCAUAGUUACGAGCGCGUUGUCGUCCCCUCCCAGAAUGAAGCUGUGCAGCUCGAUCUGCCGCCCCGUCUCAUCUCAUCUCCUCCAACAGCUGUUCAGCUCCAGCAAAUAUCGACGAGGCGAAAUGACACCGCAUGCUCGGCGAGGGGAGAAGGAGGGGAAUGGGAGUGUUGUUCUGGUUCAGCAGGUGCAAUAAACGUGGGGAUUUUAUCUCAGUUGACAGCGGUGCAGUUGGAUGGUUUAUCACGUAGACUAAAGGGCAACAAGGAGAGAAAACAGGCGGACAAAAGAGACACAACAGGGUGUCAUUUCAGUGAAGGACAAUGAGUUGUGAAAUUCAACCAGCAGUGAGUGAUGAGGUCAGAUGUAGCCAAGAGAUUCGUUCACAUUAAAGAUAUUAAAGGAGGCUAUCAGCUGUCAGUGGAGCUCUGUUGUUUUGGAAAGGCGAUGAUCCCUGAAGGACGGAUUUCUUAUGAGAGAGGCAAGAUGGAGAAAGUCAGAAUUAACGGGAGAGUCUGUCUCUGCAAGAGAUCAUCGUGGUGGAUGGAUGGAUGGAUGGAUGGCCAGGUGAAAGCUAAAGCUAAAUGCUGAUAAAGUUGUCUACCCAGUAAAUAUAUUACGUUUACUCGUUUAACGCUAUUAUCAUGUCUAUGAAAGUCGUAAAGCGUAUGAAUUAACACGAGAGAGGACGGGAAAUCCUUCACACCACUUUGGUCGAUUUUUAACAAACACGGUUGAGAUUGAUCAGAUAAACUGAUUGGAUAAUCAGACCUCCACACAUCUCAUGGGAAGCAAAUAAAAGGAGUAAUCUGUUGAACAGCCUUUCAUUCACCAGUACAAUCCACGAUAUUUGCAUCACCUAUUUUACAUUGUGGAACGAGAACUUGGAUCAAACAGCAUCUUCACCUUUUUAUUUAGUUUUAUAUUUUAUCCUGUUUCGUAUGUUUGUAAUUCAACGAAAAAUCUGCUAUUUCAACAUCCCUGAUCAUAAGAAUAAUGAACUUCUGAGGUCCUAAAUCAGCAUCCUGUAUGAUCUGUAAUCUUCUUGUUUUGGAGAAUAAAUCCUCACUGUUGUGGACUUUGGUAGUUCUUGCUCCAAAACCUGUGAACACAAACUUAAAUAAGGUAAAACAAGAAAAUAUAAAGUGAUUUAUGAUCUUGAAGCUGUUUGGUUUUGUUCAACGCUGCGUUACGUCUUCAAACUUUGAUUGUAGAUGUUUCAUGUUUGAGUUUUUCAUCCUAAAAGAAAUUUGAAUCUUUGAUUGAACUUCAUGUCUGUUCUUGUUUCAUUUUCCAUGUUUGCAGAAAACCAAAACCACGGACUGCAUGAGCAGCUGGGUUGGAUAUUGUUGGCGGGGGGGCUUUGUAACAGAGACGCUGGACUGUGCUGCUUGUAAAAUAUAAAUGAGAUGAUUUUUUCAGUUUCCCUAUUUUAUUUACAAAUAGUUGUCCCUUCUAACACGAGUAUAUACGAUGCCAAUGUUUCACGAGUCCUCAGUUUGAUAGAUUUAUGAGAGCGCGCCGUUUUCUUUCCCACUAAAUGUUUACGACCUUCCAGCGAUAAAGAGGACUGAUGCUUUGGGGUUGGGUUGCAGACAGAUAGGUGACUUUGAGCAAAUGGCCUCAGUAUUGAUUUAGUACUUCCCAGAAUGGCUUUCCUGUCACAGGGUUGGAGAGUGUUAAGAAGAUCCCAUUAUCUGAUGUUUUAAUGUCCACAGACCCUCUGCCCUGCAGGGUCCAGGACGCCUGACGUAUUGGAGAUCCAUUGUUGUAUUUUGAGUCUUUAUUGACGUAUUGACCGUGUAAAUGUGAGCUGAACACUGUCGGAUUUGUUAGUUUGCCUAAUUGAGUUUCAAAUUUUGCUUCCCUCGCAGGUCCGGAGGAGAAUCAGUGAAGACGUUUGGACAGAGGAGGAGGACAGUGAGACGGUUUGAGACGCCCAGAGAUCCCAGACUUGGUGGCUACAUGCUCAGCUCUCUUUAAUCAGGAGAAGAAGAACCAAACCGACUAGGAACCAUGGAUUUUGUGAUGAAACAAGCUUUAGGUGGUAAGUACUCCUCAUAUACACGUGCUCUGGUGAUUUCCUAAGAGGCCGUCGUGUGUGUGUGUGUGUGUGUGUGUGUGUGUGUGUGUGUGUGUGUGUGCCAUGUGCCAUGUGCCGUCUUCUAUUCAUGAAACCUUAGCAUACAAGACCAUUAACAGACUUCAUACUGUCAUAGACCAGGUGGAAAAUCAUCCAAUAACAGUAAAAGAGAUGAAAGGAGGUGGUUAGAGUUCAGACUGAUGUGCUUGUUGCAGAUAAAUGAUUAGUGACUGUUUGAACUCUCCAAUACAGCCGACUUUUUUAACUAGAUGAUAUUUGUGGACAAAGAUUUUCAUCGUUAGUUUGAUCGUCUCCGUUAAGGGUGGGGUCCGCAGGAUUCGGUUUAAGAAGCAUCUUUUUUUAAGCUUUUAAUAUCAAUCAAUAGCUAUUAGUCAUUGAUGACAUUUGGUACUAUCACGAUAUCGCUGUGUUCUGUGAAAUUUCAAAAGUAAAUACCAGAGACUCUGGAGGAAUAACGGGCGCUUAAAACGGAGGUAGACCAGACAAGAGCUAAAAAGCCGGGUCAACAUAAACGAUGGGGGACGCUUGGGGAUCUUGGUGACCCUGUAACCUUUCUGCUGGACAGGUAAACCGCUUUAACAAAGUAAGACAAGUGUCUGUAACAGAAGUGUUUCUUGUCAAACGGACCUGCUGUAGCGUGUUGUAGCGCCAUCGCUAAACUGUCCUCCCUCGGGUCCUGGACUAUGUCACUUUAUCCUCGUUGUAGAAGUCCUGCAAACAUUGUGUUUGCUGGUAGUCUGUUAGCAUCUACAGUAGCACCAAUGCUUUUGACUUUCACCUUGACUGGGCCCCAUUUGUAAUGAUCUGAAGUUGUGAAAAGCUGGUCGAUAGGGACACUCUGCAUGCAGUUAUGUAUAGAAAUGUUCUGCGUGCUUUUGCUCUCCAUACACGCUGUUUUCCUUCAUAAUUCAUAAUUGGUCAGUUCUGCCCUCACACCCAAGAACCAGAACAUUUCCAAUGCUGUAAACAGACCCAGAGCACAGACGCCGCAUAUUUAAGUAGAUUUUGCGAAUAGAAAUCUCAAGAAUUACCGGAUUACAGUCGUAGAGGGUGUAACUUUAUGAGGUUUACGGCCCGCCCUCUGCUCUUUAUUUACUCCCUGUGUGACAUAAACAUUUGCUGAGGUUGGACUCAUUCAGUAAGAGCCACAUAAAACAGGCCGUGUGAAGGUUCUCCUGGGUAAGGGGCCCCCGGGGGUCCAGAGGUCAGCGUCCCUUUAAAUCAACUCUCUCAUCUAGUUUCAUCAGCUCUGACCAGCAGCCGGGAUGAAAUGAGAUUUAUCCCUUCACAGCUCAGCCUGCUCUCUCUCUCUCUCUCUCUCUCUUUUUCACUUCCUCCCUCGUCUUCCUCUCAUCCCCACUUUCUCAUUUCACCUUUAGAUCCCCUGCUCUCUUUACACAUCUGGACCUUUGUUUCUUUAUCUCAUUUCUUCCUCCUUUCUUGAAUAUUGCAGCUUGAUAGAUUGUUUUUCUGAACUGUUUUACUCCGACCUGAGUCAGACCAGGGCCAAAUUAAAUUCAGUAAUUGGGUCUGGGUGCUUGCUGUUCCCUCUCUUGAUAUUGACCGUCUGUCCAGCUGGGUCUCAACAUCCGCAGUGCCUGCUCCGCUGCCCUCAGGUCCCCUUUUGUAACUCACUUUUCGUCCCUCAUUUUAGCAUUUUCAACUUCUCUUCUUGAAUUGAGUUCACAGUUUUAUUUUGAAAACUUCUCUCCACAGAUUUACAGAGUUUGGGUGAUCAAACUCCGAGAGACCCCUCACCUAUGAUGUAUAGAGAUCAGGUUAGAUGAACCCCCCUUCUUUUAAAAGCAACACAUGUCGUGUUUGUCCAAACCGACUGCAUACAGGAGGAAAAUACAAGAGUGGAGGUGUAAUUUCAUGCCUCACUGCUCGUGUUACAUAUAUGCUCAUGUGGAUUGGCAUGCACUGGCAAGAUCAGCAGAGCUUUAAAAAAUAUGUAUUCAUGAACACCACGGCACGGGCAUUAUGUAGAUUAGUGGCUGUUCAUUUCUGCAUGGAGAACACGACACUUCCAGGCAUAGAUAGGAGGAGACUGAAGAAGUGAAACAACCAACAGAGGAGGGAAACAGAUUCAAUGCAGCGAAAACGUCAAGCUUUUUAAAUACGAACACCCCAGAGACGGCUUUGUUGGAAAUACAUCCAAAUUAAUGUCCAAGUGCCAACCUUUUAUUUGGAGAGAAAAAGAAGUUUGAGCCAAAAAAACUGUAGUUCCUCCAGCUGCCACACGAGGCUCAUUCUUAAAGUGAGUGAAUCCCCAUAGAGCCCCAUGUUAAAAUGUCAAACUUUCACAGCAACAACAACAAAAAAGAAACAACUACAAAACAAAAACACUGAACAAAAUAAUACAUAUGUAGACCAAAAAAAUGUACAUGUUAAAGAUAAAUUAGAUAACAUAUGUAUGUCAAAAUACACCGUUUGAGAAGAACAGAAUGAAGCAAAGAGUUUAUCUAGUCCUGACCCUUCCCUGCAAAUUAGAGAUUUAAAAAAAGAAAAAAUCUAUUUUUAUAAAUUACAAAUAUCUGUUUAAAUACAUACAUUUUAUACACAAAGAUAACCGCUCAACACUCAAUAGGUUACUUAUUAUAAUUACUUGAAUUUUAUAAUAAUAAUCAGUGUUAUACUAUUCAGAAUUAAUAUUACUUUUAAGCAAUCAUAUCUAGUAUAAAACCAUGUUUUUUGUUAAUUUAGUUUAUAUGCAUCUUUUAAUAGUUCUUCUCUAGAGUUUGAUUUAAAUAUUUUUAUGUUAUUGGACAUUUUUAAAGUGACGUCCAGGCUGUUCCAGAGUUUAACUCCACAAACAGAAAUAUACAGACUUUUCAGAGUUGUUUUCCCGCGGCGUAUUUUUUUAAUCUACUUUUCACACAUAACUGGAACAGGCAGAAGCAUAAAAAAAACCUUUUCCAAUAAAUUAGAUCUGAGAAUAAUCUAAUCUAAUCCUGACCCCGGGCUUCAUGGAACAAAAAGGCCAGAUCUCCUCCCAACUGGAAGACUAUUUCUGGACAUGUCAGGGAGGGUUUGAGUAACAGAGCUGCUUUAAAGCAGCAAAUUAAGUGAAAUAAACGAACAUGUAGUCUUUGUUUCGUUAGAUUCUGCUCUGUCGCUCCAUCCAUCUCUGUCUUUAUCCAUCCAUCCUCUCUUGUUUCCCGCUCCUCCGUGUUUUGUUCGGGCUUCAGCCGGGGUAAUUUUCCUUCCCUCCGUUACGCCAUCCCUUUUUCUUUUCCAAUUCGCUCAUCCAUUCUCUCUGGUUUGAUGCGAUUCACUCUCCUCCGUCGUUUUCCAUCCAUCCUUUUGUCCCUCCUGCUGGGUGUGGUGCAGAUUGGUUUGUUUGCAUUCAUAUUCUCGUAACCCCGGCUGUCUAUUACUCCAUCCCUCCAUCCCAUACUUUCCAUUUAUUUGCAGCCAAUGUCCUCCCUCCUCUGCUCUCGGUUUCCUCUCCAUCUACCCAUCCAUACGGGUGAUUUAGCCUCCGUGGAGGUGCUGUCUAUACUGCUGUGACCUUUUCUCCUGGAACAAUGUGGCAUUUAUUUCAUUGGGACACAACUGGCCAUGAAUAUACACACAGAAACACACAUGGAGAAACUCACACACACUCUCAGAGAUGAGGUUUCAGUCGUCGUCAUCGUCGUGGUCUCGAGGGGAGUGAUAGCAUUUUGAGAUGAGAUGUCCAAUGAGAGUGCUGCGUUUAUGUGGGCGUGUCAGGAUAUCAAUCCAGCUAUAGCUCAUGCCUACAAAUAACCAAAGUGGCCGAUAUUGAUUAAACACACUCUCAAGUGUUUGAUUUCUUAAACAUAAUUUUCACUAUGGGUCUGCUUUUAUCGUUCAAUGUCAUUUCUGCUUUAAUUCAUUUUUUUAUGUAAAUUUUUUAACCAUUUUUAGCCAAGACUGACUUUUAAAAGUGAUGUUUUUCGCGAUAAAGAAUUAAUAUUUAAAAAGUACCAUAAAGCCUCAAUUUAAGACUAGAAUUCGAUCUGUGGCCGGGCCCUUUCCGGGUUUUAGUUAUCGGCUGGAGCAGUUUUAUAUUUCUAAUUCUGACUGAAGGAACAUGAAGAAUGAGUUAUUGGAGGUGGAUCGAUAUCACAAAAGUAAAAUGACACUCAAAACGUCAGUGAAUAUUUGAAUAUAUCGAUUUAGAGGAAGCAGUAAAAUAUUUUCUCAUGGGACUUUUGGAUUUAUAUCCAACUGAAUGAAAUUAUGAUGAAAGAAAAGAAAAAUAUAAGUAAAUAAUAUUAAAUAAAAAUAAAACCAUGUAGAAGUCUAUUAUUUCAUGCAAAUUAAACGCUAACAUUUUUUAAAUGGAUCCCUAAUAGAUUAAUCAUAACAGAAUUCACAUUUAACACUCACCAGAGGAUCUUUUAGAUUUGAUUUGCUGUUGAUAAGGAUGGGAAUAAUGUGUUUUUAUUUACUUUAGAUGACGGUGAUAUCGGCCUUUUGGGGGGGGCCUCCUCACACUGCUGCUCAGAGCUGCACUGUGGGCUCUAAUCCUGACACUGAGGGGCCUAAAUAUCAACAAAACACUUCAGCUAACCAGGACAGAAUCAUGUUAAAGAAUAUUACGAUAUUUCAACGUGUGAUAUUUUCUGUCCUCCGCAGAAACACGAACACAGUCAGAGACUAAUUUCAUGAAGAUACGAGCACGAACACUCUUCACAUGAAGCCGUUCACUUUGUCCAAUUCAGCUGCACUUCAACUUUAAUUUAAUUAUCCUGACACACACACACACACACACACACACACACACACACACACACACACACACACACACACACACUAAUGUAAUUAGAUGUUAGAAACCUCCUGAACAUUUCAUCGGUUCGGACUGAGGUAUAGAUUUCAGCUGCAGGUCACAGAUUGUAUUUCCUGGUUGUUAAAUGAGAAAUUGGAUUCAUUAGUCUCCGUGUUGUGUUACAUCAAUCAGUCAAGGACAGCACCGGCCGUGUUGACUCUAAUCAGGAACAUGGAAAUCACGUAGAUGGGUGUGAAAACAAGUCGGGGGAACAAAAAGUUUGAAAACUGGUCCAGAGAGGCGCUUCAGUCCAUCUCCAGGAAAGGUAGCACACCACUGAGCUGGUUAUACACUCACCGGCCACUUUAUCAGGUACACCAUGCUAGUAACGGGUUGGACCCCCUUUUGCCUUCAGAACUGCCUCAAUUCUUCGUGGCAUAGAUUCAACAAGGUGCUGGAAGCAUUCCUCAGAGAGCUUGGUCCAUAUUGACAUGAUGGCAUCACACAGUUGCCGCAGAUUUGUCGGCUGCACAUCCAUGAUGCGAAUCUCCCGUUCCACCACAUCCCAAAGAUGCUCUAUUGGAUUGAGAUCUGGUGACUGUGGAGGCCAUUUGAGUACAGUGAACUCAUUGUCAUGUUCAAGAAACCAGUCUGAGAUGAUUCCAGCUUUAUGACAUGGCGCAUUAUCCUGCUGAAAGUAGCCAUCAGAAGUUGGGUACAUUGUGGUCAUAAAGGGAUGGACAUGGUCAGCAACAAUACUCAGGUAGGCUGUGGCGUUGCAACGAUGCUCAAUUGGUACCAAGGGGCCCAAAGAGUGCCAAGAAAAUAUUCCCCACACCAUGACACCACCACCACCAGCCUGAACCGUUGAUACAAGGCAGGAUGGAUCCAUGCUUUCAUGUUGUUGACGCCAAAUUCUGACCCUACCAUCCGAAUGUCGCAGCAGAAAUCGAGACUCAUCAGACCAGGCAACGUUUUUCCAAUCUUCUAUUGUCCAAUUUCGAUGAGCUUGUGCAAAUUGUAGCCUCAGUUUCCUGUUCUUAGCUGAAAGGAGUGGCACCCGGCGUGGUCUUCUGCUGCUGUAGCCCAUCUGCCUCAAAGUUCGACGUACUGUGCGUUCAGAGAUGCUCUUCUGCCUACCUUGGUUGUAACGGGUGGUUAUUUGAGUCACUGUUGCCUUUCUAUCAGCUCGAACCAGUCUGGCCAUUCUCCUCUGACCUCUGGCAUCAACAAGGCAUUUCCGCCCACAGAACUGCCGCUCACUGGAUAUUUUUUCUUUUUCGGACCAUUCUCUGUAAACCCUAGAGAUGGUUGUGCGUGAAAAUCCCAGUAGAUCAGCAGUUUCUGAAAUACUCAGACCAGCCCUUCUGGCACCAACAACCAUGCCACGUUCAAAGUCACUCAAAUCACCUUUCUUCCCCAUACUGAUGCUCGGUUUGAACUGCAGGAGAUUGUCUUGACCAUGUCUACAUGCCUAAAUGCACUAAGUUGCCGCCAUGUGAUUGGCUGAUUAGAAAUUAAGUGUUAACGAGCAGUUGGACAGGUGUACCUAAUAAAGUGGCCGGUGAGUGUAUAUCGCAUAAAUGAUGAAGCGUACACUCAAGUUUCACAGACAGGAAAACUAUCUACCACAUGAAAGUAAAUCAGACAACCCAGAGGGAUCAAGCCCCAAAAUAAACACAGUAAAAUACCUUAUUAAAGACGCAGAAACACCAGAGUACCGGCUUUGCCUCUUUAGAAAAUCUCUCUGCAUGUUCUUGAAAAAACUGAGGGUAUCCGCUGUGUGCAGCAUCUUCUGACAGUUAGUUUUCAUUCAGAUUGCAGCGAUGUAAAAUAUUUAAAGGAACCUCUUUAACAGAUGAGAUUCACCUGAACAUGUUUGGACUCUCGUGCAGGAAGCAACGUUUGAUUUGCAAAUAUCUUCAGGAACCUUCUGGACAGAACUAAUCCAGUCCUGAGGUGAAAGACGUCAUGUUUGUGUUUCACGUUUCUGCAGGUGAUAAGACGUUAUCAGAGCUUCAUCUCCUCGAAGGUGCCAUCCAGUAUUUUGUUCCCGACAUGUAGAUCCUGCUUUUACAUCGCUAUCAAACCUGUGAAUCUCUCGCCUCUUCUCAUAAAGAAGCUCAUAUGAAAGAUAACAGUCUGAUAAUCUCGGAGACAUCAGCGUGCUGGGGCAGGUAGAGCUCGCCGUUUCAUUUCCGCAGCAGGCGAGGACGCUGCAAUAACAGAACCACAGGCUGAUGUUGAUGAGUGGACCGCAGAGUCUGGGAAGAAGCAAACCUUAUGACAAUAAUGUGCAGGGGUUUGGAUCCGAGCUCAAACCUCCGGCUGACGUGAACAUGGCGCCGCUGUACCUCCCACAUAUCCGAGCAUUUUUGUGGAGACUUUUGAGGCCCUAAUUUAGCAUCAGAGGUCAUAUAUUAUUUAAAUGAGCUCCGUUUUUAAACCUCACCAUCCAUCAGCAGGAAAGAAAGGAAGUCUGGUCCGUUUUUAACUCUCACUUCAUCAAUCUUGGUCAUUUUCAGCUCAGACUGUCUCUGCCACCUUUCAUUUUCUACUUUUCCAACAAAAGUUUGCGUGCAGUGAAGAAAAGAGCGGUAAGGUUUACGACUUAAGAAUUAACAUUUCUUUUCUAUUUCUGCACACUGAGUCUGGAGUUAAAACGGGGAUUUAAAGCCCCAGAUGCCCAAACCUGACAUUCAUGGACAAAUGCAUGCUGUGAAUGUCUGAAGACGUGUAAAAACAUAACUUUACUUUUAGUUUUCGCCCUGAAUGAGUUCGAUCAGAGGUGCGGAGCAGCUUCACUCAGAAUCGCUCAGUCAGAAAUGAUCAUAAGUGCUUUUAUUCCUCUCACGCAGCCAAACUCCUGAAUCAGCCUGAACUAGAGCUGCUGAAUAAAUUAUAUCCACACCGUGUCUGAACCGUCUGUAUUUUGGCUGUUUGAGCACGUGUCGGCGCCGUUAAGGAGCCAUCGCAUCGUCGUGUCUCAGAGUUUUUGUGUUUUGACAACAAAGACGUGUCUGCAGAAACAGACUGGAUAAAGCUAUUUACGUUUUUACGCACCUUUGCAAAGCUAACAAUGAUCCUGUCAAAUUUACGGCGUUUUCCUGCUCUGUAUAAUUCCUCUGAGGGUGUCUGCACACACACAAGCACACAAUCCUCAUACAUAUGUUGUGUGUCUUAGUGUUUUUACACACUGAAGUACACACAGCGGACAGUCUGACCUUAACCCGGCUCCCCAGCGAGUCCUGGGGAAUGUUUCACCGACCUCCCCCACCCCCUCACCUCCCUCCAGCUGAGCGCUAAUUUGUCAUCUCAGAUUUUCUGCCGCCACACAGCGCUGCAGGCCAAUUAGGACCUCUGACAGAACCGGCCACCGCUGGGCUCAUAAAGCCGAGACGGAACUGGUCCUUAAAGUCGCAUUUCUCUGAGUAAUUCACUCCAGUCCCUCAGAAAUGCUCUCGUUUGGCUCGUUGAAGAGGCAGGUUUUUACCGCCACAUAACGCCAAAUGGUUGCAAUAUUUCAGCGUGUAGGAGCCAGUGCUGCAGGAUUCAUUUUUAAUGACUGUAGUGGCUUUAAGAGUCUCUGCUGCUCUGUGCAUAAUAUUCUCAAAAACCUCUUCACUCAAGAAUAUCAGAAACUUUAAGACAUCAGAGGAAACAGCUGAAAUCGACUCAGAGUGAGGAGUUAAACUGUCAAAUCUACAACUUUUUAUGAACUACGACUGUGUCAAAAUCCUGAAAUAAUCUCAUUCAGCUCGUAUUCUGAGUCUGGUUAAAGAAAAGUACAACACGGCAAACCGGCCUGCCAGCCGGCCUCCUCUCAGCAGCAGAUCGAUACCCUGAUGAAGUUUUCUCUCCGCUGGAGGAUCCAUAAUUCAUACACGCUCAGGUGGUCCUGUAUUUACUAUCGAUCAGACGGGGCUAACAGCAGCAAUAUCUCUGACCCGGGGGAGUCGCUUUCACGUCUACAGAGCAGCUGUCACUGAUAAAGAGGUGAGCCUGGUUAAGAGGAGAGAGAGAGAGAGAGAGAGAGAGACGGAUGGAGACGUAGAGACGCCCUUAACUUCAGGAAAUCUGCUCAGGGUGUAAACUGCUCAACAGUCUUGUGACAGAAAUUAAAAAAACAAAAAAUGAGACCCCACAGCCUGACGCUGAGACUCAUGUUUUUAACUUUCAUUGUGUUUUUACUGUCAGUUCAAACUUUGAGGAUUUAUUCAGUUCAUCGUUAACGGCCUGAUUGACUUUUUCUCUUUUCAGUCUCUCUGCAUUUAUUUACAGGAAAAACUGAAAAUCAAAAGGAUUCUGAUUGAUAUUGAUAUCAAACUCUGAAUUAUUGGAAAUAAAAAUGAUCAGUAAAUAAACAGUCGUCGUUUAUCGAAUCAUGUCUGUCUGACUAACUGUUCAGAGUCUUACCUACUAAAACGACCAAACGUCACAAACUCUGAGAGCUUUGGCUCUGAGUUUUGUAAUCAUCAAUAAUUUCUCCGCAGAUUUGUGAUCAUUGAGUCCCUCUGAUUUUCAGACGCUACACCUGACUUCUCCUGCUCUCCUCUCCCUGCUCUCCUCUCUCCUCUUCCUCCUCCUGUACCUGCUCUUCCCUCCCUUCUCUCUUCUCUCCUCCUCCCAUUCCUCUCCCUGCUCUCCUCCUUCUGCUCCUCUACCUGCUCUCCCCUCCCUCCUCUCCUCUCUUUAUUUCCUCUCCUCUCUCCAUCUCCUCUCCUCUCCCUGUUUUCCUCCUCCUGCUCCUCUCUCCUCCUUAUUGAUAUCAGAAUCCGUAUAUAUUGAGUAAUUCAUCUCCUAUCAGAGCUUCAGAAUCUUCUCCUUCAGCUACCAUACCAUCUUGAUGGUUCUUGAUCAUCAAACAAUGAGCGUGGUCCAGACCUGCUCUUGUUCCUUGAAAAGCGUCUUGAGAUGACGACUGUUGUGAAUUGGCGCUAUAUAAAUAAAAUUUGAUUUGAUUUUGAUUUGAUAAUCAGCAUGUACACAUCAUUGAUUCAUCAUCCUUUCCUCUUUUUAUUAUAUAUUUAAUUAUAUCUGCAGAAAUGUUCACAUCUGCUGAUGUGGAUCAUUAACUCUUGAAUCUAUCAUCUACCAUGGUCACAGUAUCAUGCAUCCCCAGUUUCAGUUCUUUUGUUUUUUCAGCCGUUUGUGUUGUAGUGAAAAAACGCUCUAAAGUUCACCUCUCAGUUUAAUCGUUCAGUAAAGGGAGGUUGAAUAUCUUGAAGUGUAGAUCAUGCAGACAGAUGGUUGACACCAGCUGGACGGACAUAUUUCUCUCUGUCUCUGUGGUUUUUGAAGCUUCUCCAGCUGGCUCUUCCUCCGUUUGUUUUCCAAGUCCUCUGAAGGAUCUUUCAGGAACCCCACGGUCACAUAAUCCCCAGAACUGCUGAUGCUUUGAGUUUUUAUGCUUUAAUACGACAGACAGUCAUAUCAGCUCCUGUUCACCGCCUUCUUUCUGUGUUUUUAACUCUGUUCAGGGGCCACCAAAGACAUGGGGAAGAUGCUGGGCGGGGAGGAGGAGAAGGACCCUGAUGCAGCCAAGAAGGAGGAGGAGCGGCAGGAGGCUCUGAGGCAGCAGGAGGAGGAGAGGAAGGCCAAACACGCCCGCAUGGAGGCCGAGAGGGAAAAAGUACGGCAGACCAUCAGGGACAAGGUAAGAAAGCAGCGGACACAUUCAUGUGUUCUUAGCGGGUCGUAUUGGGUUUAUCCAAACAAAACAAACCUUUCAGAAACAUCAAGAAGAUAAUUCAGCCGGUUAAAAUCAGAGCUGUUGAAACGAAUCACUCUGAUUUUCCUCUCUCUGUUCAGUAUGGACUGAAGAAGAAGGAGGAGAAGGAGGCGGAGGAGAAAGCAGCCAUGGAGCAGGCCUGCGAGGGGUCACUGACCCGCCCAAAGAAGGCCAUCCCGCGGGGCUGCGGAGACGAUGACGAAGAGGACGAGGAGAGCAUCCUCGACACCGUCCUCAAGUUUCUCCCCGGACCUCUACAGGACAUGUUCAAGAAGUAAAAACCACAACAUAGAAAUCAAACGAACCCUAAAUUCAGGGUCCAGUCCGGCCUGUGCCGGGCUGCGGGGCAAAGGGAGGCGGGGGUCUUUGUGUCGGGGACUGUGGGUGGACUGGGACGAAUGAAAAAGGGACGCAGAGGGGGUCAGUUUCGACAGCAGGCAGGGUUCGAGCGUGGGAGCUGAUGGAGGGGUGGGUUGGAGGGGGUGGGUUUCUUGCCAAACUGUUAGAGGCUUCACACUGCCUUUCUAGAAAUCUUGGGGUUGUUCUUUUCUACUCUUCGACGACUCUUCCCUUUUUAUUUCCCACUAUUGCUGUACAACCUCUCAACUGCCACUCAGCACAUUUCUUACAAUAAGUACAGUUUUUGUCCUCGUUCUGAUUUAUACCCGGAGGUUUUUUCCUUUGGGGUCCCUCUAACAACACUGCCACCAUGUUUCCCAGUAGAUGGAGCAUGUUGUGUUUACUUUAAUGGGUGUUUUCUACUUUUAUGAACCUGGUGAAGGUCUUUAUAUUAUAAAAAAAAAGUCAAAUAAUCUAGUCUACAUUUACGUUUUUAGGACAUGUGCCUUCAUAUCAUCUCCUCCAGCAGAGGAAUUGUCGAUGAGGGUUUCAUUUCGAGUCAAACAGGUGAACGGCUGUUGGUUAAAUGUAGGCGAGGCAUUCGAGUCACGGAUAACUUUUAUUUUCCAGAUUUCAAGUUGGUAGAUUCUUUAAUUUUCAGAAACCAAUGUUCAAUCCAGGUCCUUCUGGAAAGUCCUAACAGUCCAUAAAACGACCACCUGUAAAGCUUUGAGCUUCCUGAAAACUGUUAGUUGCAAAAAAGAAAAACGUAAUUUUCCUCCGACAUUGACCUCUCAGCUAAUAAGCCUGAACGAGCCAAGAACUCAAGUCCAAGUACGUCUUCGGUCACAAGGUAUGACUACAUUUUAUUUCACUGCAGAUUUCACUCAUGCGAGCGAAGCAGACUCAUGUCACCUGGUUUGGAUCCAAAAUAAAUCUAUAUUUACUCAACGCUCUAACUAAGUCAUGGUAAUUUUGAUGAGUUUGGUCCCCGUAGACAAUCAAACAUUGAACUCUUGGAAACGGUGGGGUUAGCCAGUUCUGUACUCGUUAUUAUUUCCUUUCUCUCCAUCUCUGGUCAUCCGCUGUCACGUGGUUCUGUGUUAAACUCGUAUUUUCACACUUAAUCUUCACAUGAAUGCAAAUCCCAGACAGUGUCUGGAUUUUUUACAUGCUGUCUUACUUCCUGUGAAUGUGCCGCCGAGUUAUUUUAAUGCCACCUCUCAUGUUUUUAAAAUGUUAGCUUACACUGAUCCAAGUACAUCAACAUCAAAAAACCAAAGAAACCCUGGUGAGACAUUACUAUUUCUGUUGUUACCACCAAAACUAAAGACCCGCAUGCUGGUGUCAAAUCGUAGGUGCGAACCCGGCGAGCGUUCAGCGAGUGCAUGCAUCCCAAAGACCACCGUGAAACUAUGAAGAAGAUGGUAUUUCUCCGAGAGUAUUCUGUGGCUAAAUCAAACUAGAACACUGUAGACUGAGCCUUAGAAAAACCUGUGCGAGAUGUCGCACUUCACUGCCUGAAGAGCUCGCUUAGAGCUGAGUAUAUUCCACGUCUUGCAUCUUCUUAUCCAACGUACUAUCACGCUGUUCAACACUCCCGAUCUUCAGAUAUGGCAGCUUAGGCCAGGAGCUGAAUCCCCGAAAUAUGGCGUAGAUUCAUUUCUGGACAAGCUUCAUUGUUUUGGUGUUGGCGUCUAUAGACGUCAUGAAAGUUUCAGCUAAAAUAGAUAGAAAAAGAUUUUAACCUCGGCGCUAACGCUACUGGAGCGGCAUGAAAUACGUUAGCUUACAUUAGCAUUAAUGCUGCGUUAUUAUUGUGUGAAAACACCCGUCCAAUUAAGUGUAACAAAAGUUGUGAAUCUAAAGAAGUAAAUAACCAAAUAAUAUGACGUUUUUAGGGUUUGUUUUUUUAAUCAAAUGUCCAGUAUCUUGGGAGGUCUCGCCUCUGACAGACAAAACUCAGAGUUAAAGAAACUGCAAACUAAAAAUCCAGCCUUAAAAAGGAAUAAAGUUGAUUUGACCUAAAAAUGAAAAAGAAAUACAAACUAACGAAAAAUCAAAUUUGCGAUACCCGUGAUCAGGAAGUAGGGGUUUGGUUCAUGCGGUAGAUGCUGCUACAUGCAUCCGCUUAUUCGUAAAACCCCGAAUGAUCGUAAAUCUCAACCGAUCUCUGAGUAUUUUUGUUGCCCCAAAAUUCACAUCCUCCCCAUAUAUUUUUUAAUGUGUUUACAGGUUCAGAAAAAUAAAGCCCGACUGAAACCUGUAACACACCUACGCUAAUUUGGAAACUCCACCCUGACGCGUCGCCUUUAUUUCAAACCUUUCCUGAAAGGACGCCGCAGUGGCACCGAGAUCGCCAUAUUUCGUACAGUAGCACCUUGACCAAGCUGCCAUUUUGGACGAUUUGGGACUGCGAACACGUUGAAAUAUCGUGUUUUUUUCACAGCGCUCAAACAGGCGUACUGUUAACGGAAACCGUCUAUUUAGUCAUGAUACCUCCACGUGCGGACAUGUAUUGACAAAACGAAGCAUGUUGGUGAUUUCUAAAUGACCUGGUGCAACAGUGUACGAUUAAUUUAUCGUUCUAUGAUUUUGUAAAUUAAAAAACUUUUAGGGUUAAUAUGACUGCCUAUAAAGUUUUCAUAAGCACUGUAAAAACAUAAACUUUUCUUAUUUUCUAGCUCGGAUAGGACUUUUCACUAGACAAAGCCAUAUCAUUUAGAUCGCAAUAAUUAAAAAAAGAGAAUAUGUCGACAUUAAAAUGGAAAUUUAAGUGUUUGUUUGUUUUCUUUCAAGGAAGAUUAAAAAAAACUGCAUAUCUGUUUGUAAAUCCUCACCGUCUUUACGUCCCGUAUACUAACGUUUACACAAGGAACAUGUAUGUAGAAAAAAAAGCCAUUGUGUUAUCUGUCUCUGUGUACGACACAUGUUCUGUAAGUGUGUGUGUGUGCGUGUGUUUUAACGUGUGCGUCUUACUAUGUGUCUGUGACGAUGUCGGCUCAUAUAGUCCUGGUUUAUUUGAUGUUAACGUGUCUUUUAAUCUGUUUUGUGCACAGGCAGAGACAUGGGCGGCUUCUAUGUUGUGCCGCGUCUAGAAAAAAAAAAACAAAAGAAAAAAAAACUUACACAUUCCGUCAAAUGUUGAGCAUGCAGAUGUUUGGUAGUCGAGAAAGUACGACACGUGUCAAAAAGACAAAAAAACAGGUUAUAAAAAUAGAAAAUAGACAACUUCCUGUUUCUGUUUCGAUCUCCAGGCAGCAGAAUUUGUGCCAUAGAUCCAGAAAGACGGGCGGUGCGGCGGGUUUGUUGAGCGUUGGGUGUUAAAUGUCGUUUGAGGCUCGGUGAAGCUUAAGGCCGUGAUCAUACGGGAGCUCUGUGGGAUUGUACAUUAUGCCGAAAUUAAACUUUCAACUGGUGAAACGUUACUGUCUCAAACUCGGCUGUUAAAACUGAAGCACCACUGAUGGAACCAAAUAUUUGCACCAAAAGUCAAAGUUUUUUAUUUGACAAAUCUUAUUUGACGGCUGAAAUCCAAACCUGCAGUCUUGUAUUAACAUGUGGAGAACUUAAUCGAUCAUUUUAAUAUUGACAAAGUAAAAGGAAAUUUAUGAGAGAAACUUGUGUGUGUUGUUGUCAAAGUCGAGUUGAAUUGUGCCGUUUUCUUCCAUCGGCAGAGCUCACUUCCAUCCUCUAUGAUCACGGCCUGAAGACGCCGACUCCUGAGUUAGUCGAAGGCUUUUAAAGAGAAAAAGGGAAACGUGCAAUUUCUAAGAAAAGAGUAGAUACUGUAAAUUAGUCGUUUUAAAAAGUAUAGAUUCAGAACUUUGUUUUCGUUUACUCAGUACGAUUUGUGGGGUGUUGAAUCUCGUCCCUGUAAACAAAGGGCCCAUGUUGGUGUGAUGCAUGAGUGUCUGAAGUCAAAUCAUGCAGAAAAUUAGACGUUUCUUUUAGUUAGGUUGGUGCUUGAAGAAAAUCGCAGUUUUCUUUAUUCUCACGUUAACAUGAGGGUUACUGUCGUCUGUGCUGCACCGUAGACCAGGUCACUCCCAUCUAGGAUUGCGAUUAUGUUAAUGCAGGCCUUGUUUCUGUAUAGAGAACAGGGACCAUUGUUCUGAGUUAAAUUCACGGGCCCCUUCAUGGAAAAUACAGCCAUACAUCCUGUGUGUAAACCGGUCCCCCUGUGGGACUCAUCUCAAGGCGUCACGGUGUGUGAACUGCCUUUGAAAAGGGCUAAAACCACGUCGUCUGUGUGUGAGGUCAGUGCUAACCCAUCCGUCCAAUCCGUGCUCGUCUUGUUGUGCGGUGUUGUCGUUUCGAUUCAUUCUGGUUGCAUGAGAAACUUCAGUGUUUGUGGAGCCGUGACUCCUCGGUGUAGAUAAAUCCUUGGGUUCGUAGACGAUAUUACAGGUGGGGUUGUUUUUUUUUUAUCAGUAAUAAGGAUACGUGACUGUAUAUGUUCCGUAAAGAAGUAGGAUGUUGACUUGAAAAAGCCUCGAUGACAUUUAACAACCACAUCAAAUCCUCGUUUGAUUUUCUUUCAAAGUCAAACUGAAAAACUGGACGAUCGAAACAUUUUCUGUUGUCAGGAGCGCAGAAACUCGAAGAAGACGGAGAGACAGGCUUAGCUUGGUACUGCCUUUUCUAACCACAGUUUACAAAGUUUAUCCCCUGGAUUUGGAGAUGUGUCUCAAACUCAAAGGGAUUUUUGUCGGAGGUUUGCUAAAAUAAAAAUAAAACUUGUUUUUUGUUUUUGUUUUAAAGCUUCUGUGAGGAGUUUUUGGAUGUUUGCAAGACUGACAUCAACUCUGAUGCCUUGUUAUGAUCUACAGCAGUGAACGUGAUAACCUUAUCGUGAACUUAAACUUCGGUUUUAUCGCGACUUUACUCUCAUAACAUCUCGUGUGAUUUUGAUUCGACUAAGGCUGCGUUCAUACUGCAGGUUAAGAUGCACAGAUCCAAAUCCAAAACCAACUGAAAAGUAGAGCCAACAAGUGGACUAGACCUGAAGCAGACUGAGAAUCACUGUAAGGACACUUAUGUCCACAGGGGGCGCCAGAAUCGACACAACCAAGAGUUCUCACAGGAGCUUUAAAUUGAACUUUUAGAGCUUAAACUGAAAAAUAUCAGAGCUUGGGUUGUUUUUGUUUCUCUGAUCACUAUAUUAACAUGAUAAUAUUAGGACAUUUGUACGCACAUUAACAAAUAUUAUGGUAACUGCCCUGCUGAUUCCUGCCAGUAAAACCAGAAGUGGAAGUAAACGUGUCUUAAUGGCGACUGUUUCGUCAAGCGGCCACGUUGACUUCCCCUGCCGUAGAAGCGGAGAUUGUGCAGACCUCUCAUCAGCACAACUACGACUGUGAAAACAAACUGAAAACAUUCCAGUCUUUUUAGCAUUUGCACUAGUAAAUGUUUAAAUCCAUAAGACAUGAAAAGAGUCACAUCCUUCAACUACCUGCUUUUUCUUCAUCCCACCGUCCGUCUAAAAGUGAACGGGUGAGGGAUGAAGAUGUUAGCCACCGAGCUUGUGACGUAAGGGGGGGGUUUCCUCCCCGGCAGCGAUCCCUUUAAAUUUCCAUUUCUUCCAUAAUUGGCUUUAUUUGCAAGUUUUCUGAUGAUGUGACUUCCUCUUGGUCAGUAACUGUUUUACUUUACUGUCUAGAGAAGGGCUGAAAUACACAAACAUGCGGUAAACAGUGGAAAAAAGGGGAAACUAUUAAAAGUAUUCUAACAAAAAAAGAAAAUAUAUAUUUAAUAAAAUGUUCACUAUUGAACCGAGAGGGUCCUUCUUUGAAUUCAGGGUGACAAUAUUUUCAGGGUGCAUAGGUUAGGAAUGUAAAAUAUGAGUUCUUCUGCUGUUUAUUCCUUUAGUGCAUGUCAUAUACUCUAUGUGGAGCCCGAUCACUGUAAAACUGUCUCAUCCAUUAAACUGUUCUUUUUGGAAACGAAAUGCAUCACACUAAUUAAAGAAAAGGUUUGUAAAAAGGUA